UGUUCGUGUGAAGGUUGGCUCUGCUGCUGUUGAGCUGGGAGGUGACGGCGCUGUCUGUCUCGCUGUUUGUCGGGCGGAGGAGAACUUCACAGCGGGUGUGGCUUCAACGUGAUAAAUCUCAACGCGGGGGGAAGAAUGCGUUACGGCAAAAGAAAUUAAAAACCAAACAAUUAUUUAAAGAAGAAAAAACAACAUCGCCCCUCCUCGUGAGUGCGCGCGUGCGUCCGUUAAUUUGACUGUUGAAAUCGGUCUGCUCGGUUUUUCAACAGCUGGAAUACUUUUUUGUCAACUUUGUGGCCCGUUUUGACGAGUUUAACCUGCUCUCAUGGUUUGCUGCAGGAACCGAAGCUAAAAGGUAACCAAAAAGUUUCCCUCUCUGGAGACUGGACAACUCCUCGGGGUUUUUUUUGGAAACAAACUACUAAUGCUGUUGGUCAACUGACUUACUGAACAGCUUGUGAGAGCCUUGGAGGAAUUUCAUACGUGAGAAAAACCAAGUUCACAUCUCGUCUGUUUGUAUGAUUUUCUUUCCCUGUCGCGGAUGAACGGACUCCGUCACGUUUGUCGCCACUCAUCAAAAAAGGGAAGUCGUCUCGCUCAACUUCGGCUCUUAUUUUCUUAAUAAGGGGCUUUUUUGGCGUUCGGCCGGUGAAUUUUUUUUCCAGGUGAUAUUUUCCCACUAAGCAGCAGUCCUGAAGCGCGCACUAGGAACCAUGGGGUGUACGGUUAGUCAGGAAGAUAAAGCGGCGGCCGAGCGGUCCAAAAUGAUUGAUAAAAACCUGAGAGAAGAUGGGGAGAAGGCUGCGAGAGAAGUGAAACUGCUGCUGCUGGGUGAGUAGUCUGACACAAUCAUGUUCCUUCGUUGCAAAAUGUCCAUAUUGGUGGUUUACAGACGUGUUGUGUAACUGCGUGAAAUAUUUGACCAUUUGUACGAACAUGACACAUGGGUACAACACGCAAAAAGUCAGCUUACGCUAUAAAUAGCAACUUUUGUGUCCCUGAAAGUUGUGGCCUUCAGUCCUUUCUCACACACUUUUUAUUAUAGCUACUGUAAAACCUUUUUUAUUUUAAGACACUGCCUGAAACACGUGUUUAAAAGCAGCAUGUCCUUAUGUAGGCUUACUUUGCCUACAUUCUCUACAUACUUCUGUCGUUGAGAAAGUUUGGAGGAGAAACGGUACCCUGGAGCACAUAUCGAGCUCGGAUAUCGGAUAUCGGUCCGAUAUCAAAAAAAAAAAAAAAAUCAAAUAUCAGAUUAUAUCGGCCUCCAUCUAAAAUCUCUGAUAUCAGCACCCGGAUACAAGCGGUCUAUUCCAGACCCCCCUCCAGCACCUCUAUCUAGCAGCACCUCGAUCCAACAUGUAGAGUGCAUAUGAUCACAACAACAGUGUGUACUAAGGUACUAACAAAAUACCAAGGAGUAGGAGUGCUGUCGGCCCUGUGGCAGUAUUUUUGUCUGAAAAAGACAGCUGCGCGCAAAACUUAUCAUGCACAAGUUUGUGCUAACAUCGGAUCAAUAUCGGUAUCGGACAAUACUGAAGGCUACAAUAUCAGUAUUGUAUCGGCGGUAAAAAAGUUAUAUUAGGACACCUCUUAGUGCAAUAUGGCAAUUUUUCAUACUUCUUUUAUCCCACCGACUUAUCCAUUUCACACAUUCACACUCAGCACCUACUGCAUCGCUUGUUCACUUUGUAAAUAUCUUUUUCACUUGUAAAUAUUUCUUGCACUUUGUAAAUAUUUCUCUCAUACUUUUAUUUGUCUUUAAUAAUUUUUUGUAUCUUUAUUCUAUUGUAUUCCUUCAGUACUCAUUGUGUGUUUUAUCUGUACUCUUCGAGUCGAGCGGUCCUCUCACCCAGGACAUUUUAUUGCAUUGUUUAACAUGCACAUGACAAAUAAACAAAUCUUGAAUCUUGUACAGCAAGGAUAGGUUGUUUUAGGUUCAAGUGGUUUCCUCCUGGCAGGGCUGAACUCCAGACAUGGAGGGGUCUACUUGGUAAUAAGUGGGCUGUGUUUGGACUAGGAUGGUUAACACCCCCAACUGUUCUCAGCCCUGGCUUCAGCUCUCACAUACUUAAACAUGCACAACACACACACACUAACUGAUUGAUAGUGCUCCCCUAUAAUCGAGGCAGGAUGAUACUUUCCCAGGCUUUAAAAUGUUUUUCUGGCUCUCUAAGUUUAUGUUUUAAUGUUUGUAUAUGGCUUUUAUAUUUGUAAAUAGCUGGAUUUGUACUUCCCCCACUCCUUGAAAAAGUCCUCUACCAUCAUAUUUUACCUUAUUUUUUUAUAUUUUUUCAACAAGGCUAAUCUGAUCCUCACAACCCUGUUUGAUAUUCAGCUCAGAGAAGAAAAUAAUACAUGCAGCAAUUCCCAGGGCUGCAAAGAUUGUCUGAAUGAAAUCAGUAAAUUCCUGCAUUGAUGACACGUCUCCUCUCAUGCUCGUUGAUUCACCCUUCUGAAGUUACUCCUGUUAGAGCUUCAAAGAAAAUUGUGCAGUUUGCUGAACACUCAGGAAGUCAUUUUGUUCAGAGUAGAGCGUGGUGGUUUUAUUUCAUCGAAGACACCUUGCUGGAUUUUUGAAACUCGGAAAUGUUUUUAUGAUCAUUAAUGAGAUUUUCCGGCAUAUGAUGUGCUGGAAAAUCAUGAGAAACAUAAUGAUAGUACGCCCUGUAGUGAGGAGUUAAUGACAUUAACAUCUCUCUUUUACUGCAAGUAAUUUUCUGUUCUUUAUAGAGUCUAACUUUUUUUAAUUCUAAUAUAAAUUGUGUCUUUUUUGAGGGGGGCAGGCCAUAUGUAAUAGUUAAACCACUAAAGGCUGUUCCUCCUCUCUCCUUACCUAAAGUCGAAAAUUCUGCUCUCUGAACUUGGGUGAAAUUUUCUCUCCUGGUUCUUUGAAGUAACGGCUGCUUGUUAAAUCGUGCCCCUGGUUAGAAGGAUAAUCACAUACUCUGCUCUGUACAGCAGGUCUCAUAUCAGUAAUUACCAUCCACCGUUAUGUGAGGAGGUUGACAGGAAUUAAGGGUCUGCAUCAGAAGGUCUGAAUCUGCACUCAGGGUUCAUGAACCUGCUCAUAAGUAAGAGUUGUACAGUUUGGAUUAGACGGAGACUGACGAGUUGGUCAGGCUGAUGUUUAAACACUUAGAGGCUAGUGUUGAAUAUGAAGUUUGCUAUGACUCCCAGAAUAAUGUAUUUUAACAUAACUAUCAGUCAUUUUCUAAUAUCUUAAGCAUAACUGAGUAUAGGGAUGGGCGAUGAAUUAUUACUCACAAUUUAUUUAUCGUUAGAAACAUCUUCCACAAUAAAUAUUUGCCAUCUCACAAUAUAUGCGAUAAAUGCGCAAGUGACGGACUUGCAGCAGUAGCCCACACAGAGAAGAAUAACUAACAUGUCGCUAGUUUUCUCCAUAACCUACCACUUACGGUCCUCUCACACCGGGACCGUUUACGUGCGAUUAUUUUGGACGUCAAUAUUUUUUUCGAACUGUCUCUCCCCCCCGGAAAGUCGCAAAAUCGCGUCGGGUUUGAUGUGUAUUGUCAGGCGCGUCAAAAUUUGUCUCUGAAUAUUUCGUAAUUUUGCGUUUUAUAUUUGCGUUGGCCCCGGUGUGCAAGGACCUUUUAAACUUGUGGUUAAUUAUCUUAUUUGACUAUGCCAGCUGGUGUUCUCAAGACAAAAUGGGUCAAAAACAUGGAUUCGAAUCAUAGUAUUUAUUUCAAGAGGACUUUAAUUGUUAUCGGCAGAAUGGCAACACUUAUGGUGAUAAAAUUUUUUGCCCAUAUCGCCCAUCCCUAACCUAGUAUAUUUUUAAAUCUCACAAACUUAUCAAAAUACCAAUCUAAAGCAUAUCACUGAUUGGAGCAAUGAAACUACUCUUGGCUUGUUUCUUAUUUGUAAUCAUUAAAACGUUGUAUUUAUCAAAUGUAGAAAAAAUGACAACAAGGCGAUAUCACCAUAAAUUGGCAACACUCAACCAGCUCUACAUAUGUCAGCCUCAGCCUCUGAAAAAACAAUAUUGGUCGACCACUAGUUUGAAUUACAUGUCAAAGCCUGCUGUACUGUACUGUUCUGUUCUGUUCUCUGUUUGUGAAAGCAUGUUUGGGACCCCUUAGAAACAAGACAAUACACCUCAAGGGCUUCCUUCUGAGAUAUUAGAUUUCUAGAGUGUAAGAUUUGUGAUCUCUAAUAAGUUAGAUGAAUUUGAAUGCAGUUGUGCAUUAAUAACACUUGACGCUUCAUUUCAUACUGGGUUAGAGUACUAAAAUAAAAAUGCAGCAUGCUGGAGUUUUAUUUCGUUUCCUCUCUGUAGCUAUUGUCCAAAGGCUGCUUUGUCUCAGCUGAAAUCAUUAUUCAUCUUUUGAACACUAGAAUGUGUUAGAGAGGUGUGACAUCCUUCCAGAGGUGCUACAUCUCACCUCCUUGUACGCUUUCAGCACUCACAUCUGCUGUCACAUUAUCUGAUGGAGCAGCUAAGGGAAGCUUCCCUGCUUACUAGAUAGCCUCACAUAUAGAAGCAGCCCAUCUUGUGUAUCCAGUGAAGCUUAACUCGUGUUCGUCUCCUGGAGCAAACUCCAGAGGCUUUGAGAUAAGAUUUUGGAUUUAAGUUGAAAGAUGAGUCUUGUCUCAGAGAAAUAAAUGAUGAAUCUUUUUGUGAAUCAGCUUUGAAACGCAGACUUUCUUUAGCAAGCUGAAGAACUUUAGCGCAAAGCUUUAUGAAAAUGUUGCUGUUUUAUAUUAAUAUGAACAUGAACAGACCCAAUAAGUCCUUUUCUCUUGUAAAGCUGUCCCAAACUGACUGUAUUCGAUUGUUUUUUCUUGUUAGGCAUCCUCAGAGAAAGCCAUUAGUUAAUGUAGCAGGGAGGACUUAGGCUUUCAUUAACAGGAAACACUCAUUCACAGGCCUCCCUGCUGAUUAUGCUCUUUGAUUUACAUUUACUCUCCUCCCCUACUAGAGCGACAAAAAUUGCUGCUCACUUCACUUGAUGUUCUCUUUUCUUUUGCUUCCCCACCCCCUUUUUUUCUCCCGGCUUAGCACAAAUGAAAAGUCUCUUCUUGGCGAUGUGCUCUGCUUAAACGGUGAGAACAGCAGCCUCGUGGAAAUAUCUUUGCAUGAUUCACGCACACAUAUGCACCUCGGUUGGAGUCGAACAUAAACACAUUUGCUCAGAGGCUUGACAAGCAGUGGUGUUAUGUAAAUACAUUGGUACACUGAAUGCGUGCAUGUGGCCUGUGGGCACAGAAGAAUGGAACGUUAACUUUAAACAUGCAUAGACAGACGCUUUACCAAAAUAUCUCUAAUAAAUGUGCACAUUAAUGUAUGCACUGGGGAAACAACUUUUCCUUAUUUCAAGUCUUAACUCAGACUGAUAGACUAUCAGGGGUUUUAAAUUCCAUUGAGGAUAGUAGACGUGUUGUCCUGUCAUGAUUUGAAAUACGAGGCGUGCUUUGCAGCACACUUUAUAGAUUCAGUUUAUGACUCUGUCGUUGCAGAGUUUGCUUAGCUUCUGCUCCAUAGCCGGCAGUGGUCACUGCAGUGAGGCUGUCACAUGUAUCUAUAUAUGAAUGACAUACUGAGCAGCCUACAGGCACUUCUACUCAUGAUCAGAGAACUCAGGGGUUGAUCAGAAAUGAAGGCAGCCCCCAUGUGACAGCACUCACACUGAGGCAGAGAAAUGCGCGGGUUGUAUAUCUAGGCUAAGAAAAUAUUAUCUUUUGUGUUCAUAGUGGAUGUAAAGAGGAGCAUGUGUAAAUCCAGCAUGCUCCUCUUAACUGAUUUUUUUCUUUUUUAACUGGUAAUUAUUUUACACCGGGACUGAGUUUGAUCUACCGGUAGCAGAAAAAAUCCUGAAAUGAAACCAGUCAUUUUCUCUUCCCCCUAUACGUCUGGCCUCUGCAUCGAACCAGGAUGCUCAUGCUUGUAAAUCUGCCGACUCUGCUAAACCUGUGGAUCGAAAGUAGGGAAGUGGGAUUGAAGUGAACAUUGACGCAGUUAUUGGUUAAGGCUAGUACAUAAGUAGAGAUCAUGGCAGACAGUUCCACAAGAAUUAUUUUCUUUGCUGAAAACACUCAAAUCUGUCAGAUAUUUGCAGUUGAUAUUGCUAAGUAAUUGCCACACAGAUCCCUAACGAUAAGGUAUAUGCCCGCUUAACUAUUGCACAAUUACUUAUCCUAAGCACCUGCUUUCAGAGGAACCCAAGGAUUGGGUUUGGUCUUAAGUCUUAAGUUCCUUACAUACUGGGAAUGACGCAAAUAUACGAUGCAAAAUCACGAAUAUUCGGAGGGCAAAUUUUGACGUGCCGGACUAUACACAUCAAGCAAUUUUGUGACUUUGCCGGGGGAAAAAAGACACGUCCCGGGUGGAAGCGAGGAGACUGACACAAUACCAGACUGACUGUUCUUCAGUUCUGAUUAGACACUAGUGUUGAGAUGGCUGUCUGUCAUGAUAGCAUGUACUGAGUCGGGGCCAGUACCAGAUAAGCACAUUAAACUAUAAUCCAUUAACGUAAGGUAACAACCGAGACCUAAUGGUGCUGUGACAGCAACACGAUUGAGUUUGAGACAGUGAAAAUACAUAUGGUAUGUUGUAUCUGAACAGGUUAGCUUACGAGCUCAAGUUACUUAGCACAGAUGACAGUUAAAACAAAGACGUUUAGCGAACUGUUAAAGCACACAAACCAUCGUCAUAUGAGAAAUCUGACGCUAUGACUCUCCACGGGUUGUCCUUCAGGUCGUUAUCUUUGUAAUAUUUGUGUCUUUUUUUUUUAAUCAAAAAGCACUCUGUUCUCUGACACGUAAACAAUCAGCUGGUCGGCCAUGAUAUACCGGUGAAUCUGACGUUGCAACAACACGAAAUCUGAUAGGUUAGAAGUGGACACACAGUAUGAAAAUUGACCGUGAAACAAAAAAAUAAAUAAAUAUCACAGAACGGAAAAACGCCGCUGAUGUGAACACUUGUAUUGACAGGAUACGGGUUCGAAAAAAAUACUGACGUCUGAAAUAAUUGCACGAAAAAAACGCUUCUGGUGUGUAAGGACUUUUUUUCAGACAUACAUUCUUGACAAUUUUGAGAAGUUUGAAGGAGUUCAGUCCCUGAAAUUUGCUAGAGAUUGUGUCCCUCACAGUGUGAAAGAGCAUGAUACUCCAGCCUACUCAACUUACAAUGUUUUUAUUCAUCUUUCCAUGUGACACUUCUCAGAUUUCACCUCAGUCUCAUGAUAUUAACAUCAUCACCCUUGCUAACACCUCCCUAUCGUGUAUCGAAUGUUGGCUCUGCACGACUCAUCAGCAAGUUUUUCUAAGAAGCUGGCAGGAAACCGUCUCUGUAGAGUCCCAGUGAAAUUUUGCUUUCACACACACUGCCCUUCAGAAAAUUCCAGGAAGUUUUCAGGAGUCAGGUGCUUGUGUGAAUGCUGCUAUUUGGUGUCUAUUAUAGUACUAGCAUAGGCCACAGGAACAACAAUGGCACGACAACAGCAUCUACUUUUUGAUCUCAACAUCGCUCUCUUUUCAUUGUGCUCAUUCCAGUCUCUUGAUAUUUGUAAUCUCAUUCUGCUAUUUUUCCAUCAAGGACUGAUUUAGAUUAGAGUUGUAAUUUCACAUAAAAAGAAAUGUGGAAAAUUCAUUAUGCAGUCAAGGGUGUGUACUAAUCACAGGUCCAACGAAUGACUUUGAGUUGGCUGCUUCAGACAUCAAUCAUUGUCAAUGUUGUCCCUAUUUUUCAUCCUGUUUUUAAAUGAAACAUGUCUAUGGCACACUGUCAGCUGUUUCAUGGCAGCUCUGCUACCAUAUGCUUGCUUUUUGUCAAAGUUAAAGUUAUGUUCUCCCAUGUGUAUCUACUGCAAACAUUUAUCCCGGGCUGAUAAGUGUGACACUCUACCAACACUGGGAUUAGAGCCUUUCUCAUUUGCGUCACAAAUGGAUUUUCCUAGAAGCGUUUAUCUAGUCUCACAGUUAGUGUCACAUCAACUCCCUAAGGUUCGACCACAGCAGCUAUCAGAUAAAUUCCUGCUAUGAAAAUAAUGGGAGGUUAUCUUCCACUUCCUGAGAGUCAUGUUGUCAUUUGACAGAGCUGCAGUUAAACAAUGAAAUUGAUGUACCACUAUGGAAGCUGAAAUCUUUAGAUUUUUAGAUUAUUUAUGUGCAGUUUUGGUCUAUUACAAUGAAAAGCUGCUGACAAACUCUCAAGGGUUUGAUUAAAGCUCACACAUACUUCAAUGUUUGUAACCUGUGCCACAGGUCUUCAGAGGCACUUUCCUCUGUGGAUUCUGACAAAGAAACACCUUGAUUUCUUUUAAACAGUUUGAUUCAGUGUCUUUCUCAAAGCUUAGCACGAGGGCACAGUAUUGACGAGAGAAAAGGAGCCUGUAUUGACUAGCUCGACCACAGCAACUGUUUGUAAUACAAAAGUCAUCAUGUAACAACGUCAUGUAACAAUUUGUGAAGUACAUCUGAGCUAAAGCUACUGGUACAUGUGUUAGGAAUGCAGAGACCUACCGCCUAUGACUGAUCAGAUCCUUUUAUUGUCUGUUUUGUGGCUGGUGAGAUGCAAAAUGAAUGACAUUAAAGUUAGGGUGCAAUUGGGGCUGGGGGAUAUAGGGAGAAGUUUAUUACAAUAUAAAUUUUUUCAUAACAGUCGAUAUCGACAUAUAUCACGAUAUAAAAAAGGAAAUAUAACUGCUUAUUGGUAGCAUGUCUUUUGCAAUACAAUAAGCUACUGCAUCUGUGAGGUCUUUGUGUCUCUUCGACGUUUUGUUGUAAGGCUUUGAGCUAGAGAAAGGGUACUGAAUAGUCCGCUGUUUCGACUGCACAGGCGCCAUGGCCUCCUUGCUCCGCUUGGGUUUGUAACCUUUUGCAUUGCGCGUGCUCUGCUGCGUGGCACUGCUUCAGGUGGUGACAAAGAUUUUAGGUAAACCCCGACUUUGUGAGAACACGUACUUGACAUAAUUUGCAGUGCACAUUACUCUGCUUCAUGUCUGACCUAAAAAAAAAACGAAAAUACCUCCACACCACCGGCGUUUUCGUGCCAGUGUUGUCGACGAUGUCGUCAUCUGUUGAGCUUUCAUCUGCAUUUCUGCCGGGGGUAGCACUCAUUUUCCAAUUUUUCUCACCAACAGUGCUGUCAGCUUCACGUGUUAAAGUGCUAUAGUUGCCUGUAGCUGCAGCCUGCUACUACGCAGUUGUUUGCUACUUGGUUCUAAUUCAGCACAUGACCUGGACCUGGAGCAACGCCCCUUUUCAUUGGCUAUUUGUAUAGUCUACCAAUUUAUUUUCUAUAUAUCGUUAUCGUUUUAUUGCCUAGCCCCAGAUGCAAUGUGUGGGCACAGUGGACAUGUUUAGUAUUCAUACGUAUGUUUAUUGUGGACAUAGGUUGUUCUCCUGAAGGUCAGCUGGUGUGGUCAGAACAGCACAGACACCCAGUUCCUCCCUCCUGUUGAAGUCAGCAUCUUAGGUUCGAUUACCAAUGACUGACUACAGAGACUUCGGUUCCUCUGGUUUAAUCGAGUCAGAGUGAUCUGCUCUGCAGGUGAAAACAUCUCCACUCCUGAGAGGACCCCAUCACAACUCCUGUAGAAAUCCUUUCUUACUGCUUCUGGUGAAAAGUGCCAGUUCUGUGAGCUGCUGCCCUGUGUUUUCGGGUGAUUCGAAUGUGUUUACUUAACAGUCUGUGCCGCACUGCUGCCCAAUUAGCUGUGUGACGCACGGGAUUGCAGGUCUGUGAGUGUGUAUGUGGAGCAGCUGAAUAUCCUGCAAUUACAGGGAGAGCUCUAAGAUAAAGCCCGAUCCUGCAGACUGUGUGUCUCAGUGCAAGCCCUCUGGGAUGAGGCUGCACUAUCCUCUUCACUAUGAAGAUACUGAUAGCUGCGAGAACCUGCUUCAAGCUCUACCUCUGUGUACGGUUUCUACCUGCACUGCUCUUGGUGUCUACACUAAAGCACAAAGUUGGACAUUUUUGCCACAAUUAUUGUGUUUGCGAAUAUACCAGCGUGUCUUGGUCACCACAGGGUGUGAAUAUGUUUGACACCUUGUCAGUAACCAGGUCACUGCUUCAAUCUCUGUGGUGAUGUGUGGAGGUACAGGAGCAGGAAGACCUUCAGACAUACGGCUGUGUGAUUGGGACAGAGUCAGAGGGGGAAAAAGCUUCCAUAAGAUAAUAAAUGUGUCUUAAACUUUUUAAAGGUCCAGCAACUUUAAAUGGUAAUUAGUCAUGUAGCUGAAAAAUUGUUCCUAGCUGUUGUGGUGAAGAUCUUUUCCACAGUGACUCAUAGAGCCAAUAACAAAACAGAAAAUUAGAGCUCUAAUUCCUGACUAAGUGAUACUUUAUGUAUCUAUACGAAUAUCUAUUUUUGUUCAUGUUGGACAAUUCUAUCUAAAAAGGUAAAAAAAAGGUAAAAACUAAGAACUGACGGUGUAGACAGAGAAAAUCAACAUCAUAUUGAAGAACAUUGUUAAUAGACAUGCUGCAGACGAGCGUUUUAUAGUGCGUUACUCAUGGUACUUUUGAAUCAUGUAAGCACCUCCAAGUAUUCAACUAGGUUGCUAUUUGGGUUAGGGCUGGGCGAUUUGGCCUCCGGUCAUAUCAGGAUAUAUUGAGCAGUUCACCUUGAUAAGGAUAAAUGGACGAUAACUACUCCACAAGCUGCUAACCCCCUACCACGUUAACUUUGUCUACUUCACCCGCUCUUAUCCCUACAAUUUUUGAACCAUCCUCCAUAUCCUCACCUGUCUUACUCUCUUUGUUACGGACUGGAUGGGGUGGAGUCACGACUCUGAUGCAUCUUAAAAGGACAUGAGACCAUAGCCUACCUACACACAUCCAAAGCCAGCUUUUAUUUAUUUAUUUUUUCUGACACCGAAUAUACUAAUAUGGGCAAAAUGACGUCGGUUAAUGUUGUACAUCUUGCUAUCGGUAAAUUUUCGGUUUGUCGCCCAGCCCUAAUUUGGGUGGUAGUAGAAUCCUUAGUAGAGGAGAUCUAACUACCUAAAAUCACAUUUAUCCGCAUGACUUGAUCCCAUUAGGGGUUAGAGAGAAUAUGGAAAUAAACUGACCUACUCGUGCACACCAGGGAGUUCAUCCUGUCUUUUUCUUUCACGUUUUGCCCCAGACCUCAAAAACGUUUAUGUUCUGGUCUCAACCCAAAUCAGACUGUAAAAUCUACACAGGGCUUUCAGUAAUACUGUUUAUUUUCUUACAGCCCUGAAUAAAUACAGCUUACUCUCUAAGUUCAUGACCCCCUCACUCCCAUAGCACCACCAGAAAUGUCAAAGUUCCUCUCUUUAUAUUGCUUACAGUUUCGAGGGCCUGUGGGGAGCUGGGUCUGGGGAGGUGGGGGCUUUCUCUGUCUGACCAUGUCAUUAAAUACACACAUAGCAAACCAUUAUCCCUUCUCUCCCCUCCCACUACCCAUUUCCUUGUUCUUGCUAUUAUAGGAAAUGAGCUCACUUCGCUUCCCUUCCAUCCUCAUCAUGUUAUCCUGUCAUUUUUCCACACUAAAAGGUCUGUCUCUCUUGGGUCUUCCCCUGAGGGUGAGCCUGAACUCUCAGCUUUAUGCUGCAUAUAUGUUUAAGUACAUCGAAACAGCUAAAUGUCAAAAUGUUACCCACAGAGAGAAAGGCAGCUCUUGGUCUGAAACAGUCAUGAAAGGAUGGGGAAGCAUUUGGACGGGUGGUGAAGUGGGGAUAAAAAAGGGAAGAGUAGAAAUGAUUGUUUUAGUGCACAAUGAAUAGUGAUCAAGGAUGUGAGCUUAGGGUUUGACAUGGCUCAUAAAGAAAUCGUCUGUAUGAUGAAAAGGACCAGUAGAUACAGUUGACAUGAGCCUCUUAAAGACACAUUAGUACUAGCAUCUGACAUUUGUCAAUGUCAUUUCAAUGACAGAGGCAGAGGCCCAAUGAGAGACACAAGUUGGUAACAAGACAGCGUUAGCACAGUCUACUUCACACCUGACUAAAAACUGAUAGUCUUUAGUAAAUCUAGUAGUUUUACUGGAGUCACAGUGCGCUCCUGUCAUCUCAUUAUUAGGUUUAAGGUGGUAAUCUGCACUGUUUCAUAUCAGUCUUUUCUUAGUCUUGGGUUUGCGAUCAUAUCAAACAUGUACGAUAUUAUCACAAGCUGCAGUGAUGUAACGCAAUCAACAACCAAUAGAUGAGCUAUGACAAAAGCGGAAAAAGGAAACCUGACAGUCAAAACAAAAAAAAAAAAACAAGAGUGGACAAAGAAUUACUGGUGAUAAAACAUGAAAAGUGGACAGUCCAGCAGAUCAGCCCUGCCUAUUCGACAUCAACUGUUAAACAAAUCACGUGUCAGUCUCAGGCUGAGACUAGGCUGUGACUAAAAACUCUUAAAAUUUGUCAUUAGAUGUGAGCAGGUGUGAGAUGAUAGUUUUUCAGGAGUCUCUUCCAAAUCUUUUCAAAGUCUCCUGAUGUAUAGGUGGCAUAAGCAGAGCAGACUGUGGUCAGUACUGGAAUUAAUCAGAUUUCUGGCCCAAAAUUAACCCUGAAGGAAAAUCGGGCAAUCAGGCUCCUUCUGCCCAUGUUCAGUGUAGAAAUGGUUUGAUCCACACAGCCUCUGUCUCUGUGUUAGUAUUCUUGACGUGUCAUUCACCUGUUUCUGAGGUUUUAUUGCAAAGUAUCGAUGUGCUGCCGGGAUGUGAAAUACUCGUGCAGUGAAACUGCCACAAAGCAAACAGCAGAGGAAAAAGCCAGUCUCCAGAGCUCAGUUGGGAAAUGCCUGUAAUCUGCCUGCUCAGUUUGCUCCCACAGACUUGUGUAAAGUCCCCCAGUAUCAUAUUCAGUUUUAUCAGGGACCUCUUUUAAUGAUCUAUCAACACUACAGGCUCUCUGCUGCUGCUGCUGCUUCUGUUGACGGUCAUCUGAAUUGCAUGCUGUGAAGGAAGUACAUGAAGUGAGGUGUCUAACAUAACAUGAGCAGCAGGGGCCUUUGUGAAGGUGAUAGAUGGUGGGAAUAGUUUAGAUGUCACGCUGGGUGAGAUGGUAUGUUUGUUUUCCCCCAGGGGACCCUAGGGUGAUAAUGUUAUGACAGCUGCACCAUCAGGCUGUGAUUCAAAGGUCAAUUUGUUUCACUUGUACCGGCUGUCGUCAUCUCUUCUCUGUCUGAUAACUGGACAAAUUGAGCUCACAGCUUCAUUGUCAUUUCUUUAAUUUCUUUCAUUUGAUAGCUUUUCCUCUGCAGUUAGGCAUGUCUUUUCCUAACACAGAAGUUUAACUCUAAUCCUGUCAUCCUGUCAUAACACAUUUUCAACUUAAAGGCCACUAGGACCUUUAACUUAGCAACCAUAACAAAAAUUUAGUGAUUGGUCCUCUGAAACUUGUCUGAAAUAAUUUUCCACGCAAACUUCGAUAAACUGAACCCAGUUUACUGUAACUGCAGAUACUCUUCAAGCUUUUUCAAUUAAACAGCCCAAAUGAAACAGGGGACCAACUUUCUACCUGUAUAGAAUUUAAAUCAGGAUUUAACCUGAAAUGUAUUUUUUUAUUUUUUUUUUAAACUAGAGUAACAGCACCGGCUUUUGGUGCACGGUUGUGCUUCAGCUUAGACAACGCUCCAGGCCUGCCAUGAAGAAAGUAUUACGCACAUGUUAAACUGCUCCACUCCCUAGGGUACUAGUAUCAAUGCACAAUCAUUGCAGCAAGUUGCUGACGUGAAACAAAACUGCUGCUACACCUAUGUGGUUUGGUUUUAAAGAAAAACCCUGUCAGUAUUACUCACCAGAUCCCUGCAGACCCAUCAUAGCCUGUUAGCUUGACUGUAUUUAUCAGAGGCAGAGGACAUUUACAACCCUAUGAUCAGCUGUACUUUAUACAAUAUUUGUCCCGUUUUUGGUGCUGUAGAGCCUGACGUAUUCCAUCAUUGUAUUAGUCUCACUGCUCUUGUUUCUCUUGCAGCUACAUGACCCCAGUGUUAUUGAAAACACAGAAAAACUCAGGUUGGUGCUGCUGCAAAAUCGAUCUGCCGAGAAAUUACACAUGGGGCAUAGAAGGGGAUGAAGGAGUUCUUCUUGACGAAUUACUCUGAAUAAAAAAAAGGCACAGUGCUCAAUUUCCCUAACCAGUCAGAACUUCCUUCUGCUUUGCAAAAUGAUGUUUGUUCCUCCGAAGCUACAAGCCAGUUCAUGGCUGUCAAACACAACACACAAUAAGAUGAAAUGGAGAAGUAUCUUUUUAAGUUUAGUUUGAUUAUUACACUUCUGCCUGAUUGCUCUACGACACUGGUAUUUUCUGUAUUCUAGAUAGAUUAGUUUUGGAUAUUACUGUGUACAGGUUUUCCCUCUCUUUUUCUACAACUCACAAGAUUGCCUUACUGUGUGGCAAAUAGUUCUGACAUCAUUUCCUGUCUCAGCCCACCACCCCCCUCAUCUUCCACUUCCUUUUUCAGCUGGCUGCAUGUAAAAGGGAAGUAUAUGCAAGCCUUUUGUUCGGCUGGUUGAGGAAACCAGCACACCCAUCCUGUGUCAGUUGCUUGAGUCUGAUCUUCACACUGUAGGCACCGCUGUCUGUCACACACUCUUCAACCCAACAAUGAAACCUGUGAACAGGUCUGAUUUACAGUGUUUUUAAAGUGACAUAAACAUCCUUUUAUUGAAAAAGAGGAAAAGCAGCCACCUCUCUGCCUCUCAUUUAAACUCUAAAGUUGACAGCAGAAUCAACACUUCUGCAGCAGUCAGAAACAAAAAAAAAGCAUGGUGUUCUCUGCACACACCCCUCUUAUUUGGCCAAUAGCAUGGUGUGUCUGCUUACAAUAACUGGAAUUAAACUCUGGGACUGUUAUCUUUUGCACAUAAUACUCAAUCACUAUUGUUACUUCACUGAACCAACUCCUAAAGCCUAGGAGAGAUUUUUGAAAGGAUACAGUGGAGCCAUAAAAUCUGUCUGCACUUUGGUGUGUUGUUUUGUACUCCAUCCUCUAAGUAACAGGGUACGGUGGAGAAACGUGUGUGUGAGACCCCAAAUUAAGCUCAAGAUUUAACAAAAAAAAAAUCAUGGCAACUGGGGUAGGGUUGUGCCCCUUAUAAUUUCUGUGUGCAUGUGUGCGCCUGUGUGUUAAAGAGGACUUUCGUGUGCUGUAUAAUUUGGCAUGUGGGAGGCAGCCAGGCUGACGCUUCUUCACAUACAACACAAGGACGAGUUUUCAACUAAAACUGGUUCCAAAGACUUUUCCCAAGAAAGGGAUCUGAUCUUUUUUAAAUAAAAGCACAUUCAAAACACUUGACAAAUGCAGUAGAACAAUAGAACCAUUUACUGUUUAUAGCCGAUUCUCUGAGAUUAUUAUGCUGGUAGGCAUGACAAAGUCAUUGUCUCCGGGAUGAAAAAAGUUAUUGGUUUUGUAUGCUCCCCUUGCGAGGACUCUGCAUGCAAAGAAAACAUAAACAGUUAUAAACAGUUGUUUUGAGUUUUUCUGCAUAACAGUCAAAUUAUAGUUGAAUAGUACUACGGUAACAUGACUAUGGCUGAGUAUUAGGGCUGUUAUAUAGAAGUUAAAAUAAGAAUUUAAGAACACAUUGUAAAUGUAUACGAAUAAAGUUGAAAUGUUUUACAGGGCUCUUACUUUGAAGGAGAAGAUUGGUAGCUUAUGCUGCGUUCCAGUUACAUCGGCUGUCGGAGCUGGGAAUGAAGUUACACCCGAGUUGACGGCGUUCCAGUUAACAAGUCGGAAAACCAAGAUGGACGCCUACAGUUAGCCGUUGUUAGCUGUUGUUAGCAAUUGUCAGCUGUCGUUAGCCAUUGUCAGUUGUUGUUAGCGGUUGUCAGCGGUUGUUAGUUGUUGUCAGCGGUUGUUAGUGAUACCAGUUGUAAAAAUGCAUAACACAGUAUUUUGCUCUUAUAAACACUAUAGCACCGUGUUCACAGUUAGACGUUGGGCAGUACAACAUAUACCACUUAUUGAGGGGUGCGUUCCAGAUAAAUUUCUGACUCUGAGCUCAGAUUUCCGACUUCCGAGUACAACUGGAACGCAGCAUAACUCUAAUAUGACGAAGGGCAGCCUCAUAGGCAACCUGGCCAUGCUUCUGAGAUCCACAUUUCUCAUUUUAUUGCUGGAAGUUGGCUGACCUGACAUCCAAUCAUUUCAUUUUAUUUUGUUAAUAAAGGAUAGCUAGUGAUCACGACUCUCUUUCGCUUUAUUAGUAUAGAUUCACAACUUUGAUUUUGCAAAUACGUGACUUUCUCAAAACGUAUGUCUAUCUUGCGUAUCCAUGCGUUUAUCUUGGAAAUCUACAUACAUCUGUGAAACUGUCUGUGAACUGAAGAGACAAGUCAAUAUAUGUCACUAUCACAGAAAUAUCGUCAUCAUUAUGUCUUUCCACAUCAACAAAUACACAAACUCACGCGCCAACACCUGACUGUGCAGUUAUGAGCCAAUUUGUGAAGGAAGUGAGUUAGGAUUGGAGAAAAAGGUGGUUUGUGUUUAUCGCUUAUGUUUUCACGUUCAAGGAAAACAGAGAAUAAACGCUGACUUGGCUCUCGCCUCUCAGUGACGGGGAUUAUGUCCUCCAGGAAGACUUUAAUCAAACCUGCUGGCAGCCGGGUUGCUGUUUUCACUUUGCUUCUUUUGUGUGUUUGUGUUAGGAGUGGGUCUCGUGAAUUCUGUGCAACGGCUCGUCAUGCGGUUCAUUUCAUGGUCAGAGUAGUGCAUGCACAGGCUCAUAACGUGAACACAUUCAGACUUUCAUAGCUGUGUGCUUGUAGGGAAGAAAACAUGUCAUUGCACUCACAGAGAAAAUCACUACAUCCUGAGGCUGAGCACCACCAUAGUUCUCUCUGUUUAUCUGUUGUGUUCGGUGUUCAGCAGCAGACGAAUUCCCAACAUGGGGAGUGACUUGGAGGUAAAGAGCUAAUAACUGUUGGAGGUCCUACGGGAAAUUAGAUUAUUGGUUCCUUUGAAAUAGAUUUAGUUUGCUGGAAAAUCAGUAAUGUUAAACACUCAAACAUGAGACAAGACUUUCUCCCUUGGUUCUGGUAUACCACCCAGAACCAGCAAGGCACUCAGACUAUUUUCAUGGCAGCUUUAGAAACUGGGAUAUAAAACUUUCAUAUUUUGCUUUGGGCUGCAAAUCUUUACUUCAGCAUCAUCCCCUCUAAAUUCCAAUUUUAUGUUAACUCUGUAUAUUUCCUCCUACAUUUCGAGGUAUUACACGACUUACAUUUCCAGUACAGUAGUUAAAUGUGAGUUGGCCUGAGGUUAGAAAAAUUAAUAAAUGCAGCAUAUGAUGGUCUCAUCCACAUAAUUAAGACUUCUUCCCACAGACCACAGAGUUCACAAAGGUGUAGAUGAUGCUCGAAACUACGUUAUCAAGUGUAGUGCUUCUACUGUGACUAAAAGAAAAUAACUACAACCAUGGAGGGAUCACCAGGUGAGUGCUUAACAGAGAAAAGAAAGUGAAAAGAGACAGAAAAUGAGCCAUAAAAAGUGUUCAAUAAAGCCACACUUCCACCAGCGCUGCAGAAGUUAUGAUGUGACACACAUGGUCAUAAAAAUAAUGACAGCACAUGACCCAACUUUCCUUGUAUAUUGUCCUUUUUUAUUGACCAGUUUUGGCCUUUGGACUUUUUCUCACCCUUUCUUUGUGUGUUGUGUUUUCACUUUCAUGUCUGGUGCCCAAACCCUGCCCAGGGGUAGAAAUGUGCUAUAUUUGUAAUCUUGACAUAAUACAGUUUGGAUCUACUUGGACUUUGACUGUAAUUAUGCUGCAUUUUAGAGGGAGCCAUUGUACUUUUCAAACUGCUGCAUGUCUGAAAUAGCUGUAGCUUUAUAGACCAGGAUAUCCUGAGUGUCCUGGAUAAAAUGGACAUAAAAUAUCAGAUGGUUCCCUCAAAAAGUGGUCAUGUUUAUAUAAUGUGGUCAUAUCUUGGUUUUGUUAGGAGUAGUGUCUGUUCUUCGGUUUACUUUCAGUGUCAGAUUCACUCGAGGUACACAAAUGCUUCAUUCUAGUUAAUGCAGCUUUACAAAACCACUGAGGUACCGGAUUUUCUCAUGACUCACAUACAGUUGACAGGUCUUGACUUGGCUCAGUUACCGAGAUAUUGCAGAUUUCUAAAAAAGAAAAUGAAAGCUUUGUUGGUCUCAUCCUCAACAGAGGUCAGAUCGAUCAUUUCUUAUGCAUUCGAGGAAGUCUGAACUCUAAAUGCUGACUGGUUUUCAUUCAGAUUUUGUCACAAGCAGAAUCUAAAAGGUAUGUUUGCUGAUAAGGAUGCAGAUAUGUUUUUCUCGAGAUCAAUAAGUUGUGGGAUAACCAUCAGUGGGGGCCAGUGUGUCAUCAUGGCAGAUGUCUUCUGCCUGCUUUGGCUCUAGACUGUUUUUCCUGCAUUCACCAAAUCCUUGUAACAUUUAAAUACUCCACAUUUUAUCUCCCAGAUCAUGUACUGAAACACAAAUGCAGGAUAAACAACCUCAUCUUCUUUGUAGAACUAUUUGAAUGGAGGUCUGUACCUUUUUUGUACAGACUGUCUUGAAGAAGUCAAAACUUGAUGUUAUUCUCAAAAAUUCAGAUGCAUAAAUCUCUACCUGGAACAAACUGUAUUCGGUUACUGUACUUUUUGCAUACUAUCAUUGUAGUUUCUUUCUAUGUGUCCGUCUUGUAUCUUACAUGGGUGUUUCUGGGUGGUAGGUCUACAUGAAGUCAGUUCUGCCUAUUCCUCUUUGUCACAUUAAUGAUCAUGGCCAUUUGACGCAAAUGGCUCAUUUUAAAGGUGAACUCAAUGUCAGACCACCCCGGCGGCCUGAAAAAAUAAUAGAUGAAUGAAUACCUUUUAACUCGCUGAAGAUUGGUCUCUUAAAUACGUGAAUGUGGCUUAAUAAUUGGCUCAGAUUUAUUAGCUUUAAGCUCCAGCUCUGGGUCUGUAAUAGUCGGUUUAUGUAUUAUGUCAGCGUUUGCCAUAGAAUGACGCUGUACCUGUGGUGGUAGCGACGGGCGACUGUUGAAAUAUGUCACCCCCACUAAUGUUAUUUGUAAUGUUUACUUUUUAUUAUAAUUUUGUCAGUUGUUGAAGGAAUCUUGCCAGGGCGAGUUCUGUUUUGAAUUACAUAACAACCCAUUUGUUCAGCAUGUAUUAUCUGCUCGUCACCCAGAUCCUAAGCAAAUAUACACUAGAUAUGGUCCUUGAGACUAGCGAUGUCCUGAUACAGUAUCAAUAUCGGUUAGAUAUCAGCAAAAAAAAAACCCCAAAAAAACGAAUAUCGGAUUAUACAGGUCUGCAUCUAAAAUCUCAGAUAUUAGCACCCCGAAGCAAGCAGUCCAUUCCAGACUCCGCUCCAGCACCUCUAUUUAGCAGUGCCCGGAUCUGCCGUGUGGCAGUAUUUUUCGUUUAUGUCAGAAAAAGACAUUGCACCUGAGUGCAAAACUUGUCUUGCACAAUUUUGUGCAACUAUCAGUAUCGGCCAAUACUGAAGACUACAAUAUCUGUAUUGAAUCAGAUAGUAAAAGUAAAGAAGUUGUAUUGGGACAUCCUUACUUGUGACAAUAUUAUUGAUUUGAAGGUGAUACUUGUAUGGAUUGGAGAGAAAAAAAUGUCUUCAAAUUCUUGGUUGGUAGCGCUACCAUGGCUUCUGAUUCUGUCCCUAAAAUUCUGUCCUGCAACACAAACAAACACCAACUAAGAUAUUCAAUUAACGGCCAUGACUUUUAAAACAGCAGUAUCAGAAGAAAUUGUCUUUUAAUAUUUAUAAUUUUUACAUUUUUUCAGUGCCUACCCUAAAAGUAAACGUUGGUCCGGUUUGUUUCACUGGUACAGUGGCUGAUAUUCAUUAUAUUCUGUGAGGUGUAACCAUUUUAGGUGGCCAAGUUGAAGCCAUGAACUUUAACACAGAUUUUUUUUUCUUUUUGUGAGUGAAAGUAUCUCUGCUAGAGGGACCGAAGUGUCUAAGCUGACAAGGACAGGGGAGUAGAGAGAUUUACAGCAGAGGCAAAAGAAAGAGAGAGUAGGGAGGAGGUAGAGAGCAGAGGCAUGGGUUAGUAGACUGAAAGAAAGUGGUGGAGGAAGGUGGGGGCAGCAUAGCUGUAUGCAAAAGCCUGGAGUUGGAGCAGAGCAGGGUGCAGCUGAGCCUUUGGCUGGGACACAGCACUGAGGGCUUUAUUGUGAUUUGUAAUUAUGUGGUUUUUCUGUGGGGCCUCAGUUUGGUGCGCUCCCACACUGAGGCUCUUUUUAGCCAGGGAAUACUGAGUAGGAGAACAGAGCAAGGGUGGGGCUGGGGUCACUGUUAAAACUAAGACAUGGCUGGUGCUUCAGAGCAGAACUGAGGUAAUGACUCAGGAAUAGUCCGGUUUAAAUUUAAAUGCAGACAGAGGUAGUUGGAAAAAAUACAGUGUUCCCCUUUUUUGCACAACAAUGCAGUGCAACACCAACACUUCUUAAUCUCAGUUCAUUUAUACAUGAAGUUGUAAAUAAUAAAAAAUUUUAGGCCAAGGCUUUGAAAUGUUUUACUUUUGGUUGAGUCCCUGAUUCCUUUGACUUUGUUUUGCCAGUAUUUGGUUAAAGUUUCUCCUAAACUUUCUCCAGUUUUCCUCUGGAUUUGUCUUCUCUCACAUCACUCUAAAUGACAGAGGACAAAUAUAUCUUCAUUCAUGAUUUUUGGUUGCUGUUGUGGGUUUACAAAAGCUACUGGGGUUUUUAAGGAGCAGUCAGACUGUUUUUUUCUGAAUGGGUGAUGGUGGUCUGUCCUGCAGUGGCUCAUCUUUCUGCGGUCGUGUGUUGCUGAAGACGUGACUCUCUAUCCUCAGCAGUCUCUGGAGACUGACAGAGGAUCUCCUUUAUAUAAAUGCGGAAAGGUUAAGUGGACGGCUGGGAGCAGAACAAACAAACAACCAAAAAAAAAUCUAAUGGAAAAAGGAAAGAGGAGCCACAAAUUUAGGUGUCUUCUUACUGGAUAAAAAUAAGUCAGAUGAUGAACAGGGUGGUGAUGGCAGAGGUUUGAGGAGGGUGUAGAGGUGAUAACAAAGUGACAGAGUGUUGAAUUGCUGUGCUGCAUGUUUGGCUGUCAGUGGCUGGGCUGUGUUGGUUAAGUUGAUGAGAAUGGACAGCUGGACUGAGAUGAGUUUGGAAACGGGUGGGAGGAGGACGCCUUCAUUGGGAGCCUCUCUCCUCUGAGGUUUGCGCUCAUGCCACUUACAUUGUAGAGCCUGCAGAGCUAGACAUUUACACUGAUAGUGGCGUAGUUUAUCACGUGAUUAUUGGUGAGGGGGUGAAAGCUUUAUUUAACAGACAUCUUUAGGAAGCACAGUUCAAAGUUUUAAGUUGAAGGUCAGUCCUGCAGGCAGCAGACACUGACUCAGAGACUUUUCAGUGUCUGGGUAUUGAUUCGUCUACUCAGAGUCCGCUCUUUAAAACAGUCUGAGCUCAAGUCUAAGCAUUGACUCAAAUCUACCCACAAAGUCUGCCAGCUGCAGCAGGUUGAUUUCCUGUUUUUCUGCUCUCUUUUUUUUUUUUUCCUUCUUCUUCGGUGAAACACAUUUAGACCUGCAGUUCUCUUUCCAACCGCACACAGAGAAACAUCAGAUCAGAUUUGAGAGAUAAAUGUAGGUUAAAUUCAGCCAGUAGAGUCUUCAGAGCAUAUUUCUCAGCUAUCUUUGUCAUAUUAUCUGUGUAAAGUACAUCCACAUUCUUUAAGCGAUUUCAAUGGCAGACAAAGUCCUGUGUUGAAAAAUGGUCUGCCCUUUCCUCUCAAGUUUGAUUAAAGACUGUGGGGAAAUGAGGCACUGAGACAAUGGAGGAGUCUGGGCUGCAGGAACGAGGGGGAGGGCUUCUCCUGCUCUCUCUAGGGGACCCUAAAUACAGCUUUUUCUCAGUCUUUACAGGAAAACUGUUUAGUUAACAUCGCCACUUCUCAAUUACUGCUCAGCUAAGCACAGGCUCAAUCCUGCAGUUUUUCCAAGCCCUGCUUUUCAGCGCUUUCGUUGGCUCAGCAUCAACUUGCGGUUCCUGGGCAAAGACGAGGUAGUUUUGGUUUGUGGAGCGAGUCAGGCAGCUGAAAGCUUGUUAUGAGCUGUAAAGUCCAGUUUUGUUUGAAAGUUUAGUGUUCAUACACCCUGUGAGUAAUAUGACCCAGUGUUGUGUUGUGUUGUGUUGUGUGAGUUGGUGGUUUUUGAAUUAAUAUGGAGGGAGGAAGAAACAGACACCAGCGAGGGCAGAGCGUGCUUGCGUGUUUGAGUGUAUGGGGAACAGGAAGGGCAGGGCGAGGGCUGUGCAGCGUGUUUCCUGUGAGGCAGGAAGUGAGCAGGGUCAGAGCAUGAAGCUGUAUGAGUUACUGCUCUGAGCUGCUGUUGCCAAAAAUCCAAAAUAAACAGUUCAACUCGAGUCUCACUCUUCCCUCUGAUUUAAUACUUAGCUCUAAUAAGGCUAUCACCAGUUAAAUGUAUUCAUUAGCAAACACUACGAUAUAUCUUCAUGAAGUCUCCCAAGAAAUUUACAGUCAUAAAUUGCAAACGCACUAAGGUUCCCAGUCCUAAUAUCCAGACACACCUGUCUCCUCAGCCACAGAUGGUCGCAGCAUAAAGGAGGAUGCUAUUACCAGUCCCUCGUUCAUCUGAGGAUCAAACUCUGACCUUCAACAUGAAAAGUGUAGAAAAUUAAAGCAGCUAAGAAAGGUUGACUCAGCUGUCUUGCACCCCAGCAGCGCAUCAUGCGUGAAUAAUAAUGUUCUAUUACGAGAAAUACACGAAAACACAACUCUGCAUUUAAAAGCACACCCAGCAUUGUUUAAGACUAAUGUAAAGUUAUGAUGCCAGGCUUUGUCUCACUUCCCUUUUUAAAAAAAAAUAUGAUGCACUGAUAAGCAAAUAAACUGUUAUUCAUUGUUUAGUGCGUGCACUUUUUUGUUGCUUGUUGUAUUUUUAGAGGCCUGAAGAAGCAUGUAACAAAGGACCCUUUUUUACUCACAAAGAUUUAAAAUUAGAAAAAAAUGGCACCAGUAGCUGGUAGAAACUUCUCCUAAACAGAAAAAUUUAAGUCACAUUUAAAGAAAGUUGGUUGGCUUUGAAUGAUCCAUGCAGCAAUUUAACCUCUUUCAUACUGAUGUUCAGUCUUGAGGACCUAAGCACCCAUAUUGUCAUAGUUCCUCACAUAAGAGCUGUAGUGAUAACAAAUACGGCAGACAACAAUGUCUAUGAAAAAUCACAGUAUUAUGAAACCUCCAUUUGCCAUAAGAUAGCUUGAGCUUAUACUCAGUUAGCCCUGGGUCAGAUGCUUUAGAAAUUUAUCAACAGAUCAAAUAAAGGGGCAAUAUAUUGAUACCCAAAAGCCAGAAAACCUGAUAAUUCUUCUUUCUUGUGCCAAGAAGAUUGCUUUGUAUUUCUUCCCUUUAGCAACUUAACAGAUUGCCUAAAGUUAAAGAAAAUGGGAGAUGACUGAGAGAGCAGUUAAAGAAAGCGUAAAUGCCAGGCAAACCAGUGCAUCAUAAAAAUAAAGAAGACCCUUUAGGGUAAAGAAAAAGGAGGGAAGGAGGAAGAAUGUAUGAUGCAGUUAUGAGGGACAGAAGAAAAUAUCACUUUUCUUCUGCUGUUUUCAAUGCAGGAAAGAAAGAAAACCCUUUUUGAUUUGUACAUAGCUUAUUUUGAACCCUGUAGUGUGCAUGGACUGUCAUUUCUCUGUGAAGUGUUUUUAGAAGAUGACUCUCUAAGAUAAAUACUUCUGUGUCCCUAAACCUAUUUUCACUUAAUACAAAAUACGGAUUCAAAAAUUAACAUUUAGAGAGGUCACACCUCAGUUUACAAGGUUGGCCCUUCAAUGUACAUUAGCAUCCGUGCAUGAAUACAAAUAUAAGUACUUAUCACAGAUUUACAGAAAUGUAAAAUAUUAUUGGUGUUAUAAAAAUAAGGCAGAUGAUGCAUGAAUUAUGCACACACGAUAACAGCUUUGACCCACCCUCAACAAGAUUCAACAAGCCAUUUUGAAGAGUUGGAAACAAACAGCAAAAUAAUGAUUUGCAAUACUUGUUCAAUACAAGUGGAGCAAAGAGGAACAGAACUACACUGCUUUAGUACUUCCAGCUCAUUUUGCAACUCAUCCUCAACACCAAUGAAACACCUUUGGUGUGAGUCAUCAGUAUGAGCACAUAGUCUUUGGGCUUGUUAACCACGAUUCAUCAACAGUUUAUUUCUGGCUUGUUUUUUUGACAACAUUUUGAGCCACUUUCAAGUUAUUUUUUUAUAUUGGUUACGGUUCAGACUCAAACUACAGAACUCAUACUUGAGUAGAUUUUGCGCCUCAUACUGGGUCAGAGCCAGCAGUAAUUCUGAUGCUUCUCUUUACUAUAGAUAGCCUUUUUUUUGUCAUUUCUUGCCUAGACAGAAGGUUGAUUUUCUUGAGAUUUAGCAGAACUUUUCCAAUCAAACUCAUGACUCAUCUUGCCUGUCUUCCUCAAGAGCUACUUCUGCAGUUUGCUCUGACUUCCUGAAUCAAGAUUGUGAGACAGAGAAGUUCAGCAGUAUAAGGUCUUUUUAGAGUUGUCUUUUUUUAUUUUUUUGCCUUUGCUUUAAUGCUUCUCUCUUUGGGGUUUUGUCCUUUUAAAGAGUGUUGAAGAGCUGGGAAGGGGAGUGAAACAACACUUGCAAUUCACUUAUCACCUGCAUGGAUGUGCCCCUAAGCAAGUAAUAUAACCCACCUGAACAGGUGCUGCUCUGUGGCCCUUUGAGGCCGGGUUCAUAAAGGGACACUGAAUGUUGGUAUAACUUUCCUGCAAACAAAACACCCAUACUCUAUGAUACUGGACAGGAUAAAUAUGGGUCAAACCAGGAUAAAAAGUCGGCAGCUUUAUGCACUCAGAAAAGUGAUUUUAUACUCAUUCCAUCUUCUUUUUAUGAACCAAGGGGACACUGCAUUCAGGCUGCGUUGUCAAGGAAACGUUAUCCUUGUUUAGGGUCAACUGGGGUGUAUUGCUCCCACAGCAGCGGUGUUAAUGAAUUAAUCUGCUGUGUCUGUUCAUCUUUGACCCUAUGUUUGAUGGAAGGUUUGUUCAUGUUAGCUUCAGUGAACUUAAAUUGUCAGCACGCAGAAAGGUCCAGAGAGCUCAGGGUUUUGGCUCUCUGGUGGUUACUAUGGCGAUUAUCGUUGGAACAGAGUGUGUUUUGAAAGCAAACAGCUCUGUUUUGGCACUAUAACCAGCUGGGUGGAUGACACUAACAGCAAGGUGACUGUGUGUUGGUGCCUUCAUGUCUGUUUCUGAAAGAUAAUACAACUUGGCUCAUAUUUUAUACUUCUCCUUAAUGUUGAUAAAGGAGGGAUGGACAAAAUGAAGGGUAUUAAUUUAUCAAUUUAAAACCUUUUGUAGACUUUAAAUGCUAUUGUCAAAUUUAUUGAAUUGACCGUUUUUUUUUUUGUUCCAUUAGAGCAGAAUAGAAGCAGAAAUGAACACUUACCGUCUCCACACACCAAGCAAGAGUAAAAUCAUUUGCGUGAAUAAAUUACCUGUUAAGUCAAAGCAAAGACAUGGUUAGAUGCUCCUACUACUCUGGCAGCGUGAAUGACGCAAAUUGGGUGGGAGCUGAAAAUGUAUCAACUUGAGCGGAUAUUCGCGUCACGGUAACCAAUCAGCAUGAAGGUUGCCGGGCUGGGUGACAUAUGAAAACAGACGGUUGUUCACUGGUAUCUAAAAUGGAGGACAAACUGAUCGUGUCAGUGUGUGUUUGUGUGCCCCGGAUUAUGUGAUACCUUUUCUUUCAAUUACCGAAACUGGAAAAAAAAGGAGCUUGCCCGGAUUACCUGGUAAAUCACAAAAAAAUCUUUGUCUAUCACUUGAUCCCGCCGGUUGAAUUGGCAGUGACUACGGUUGAAAUUAUUGUUGAUGCGCAAAUGAAGCGAGUAAAUGCUAUUCAUUCAUGGUCUAGAUUAACGCGAAUUAAGCUAGUAGAUGAUUUUACUCACGCUUUGUGUGAGCGCCCCAUAAGGGUGGUCAGAUAUAUAUUAAGUUUAUAAUAGUUCGUUAUUCUGUGAGAACCCAGUAACUUUCCUGUUGAUAUUGUAGCAUCUUUGUCCCAAGACCUAUCUCUUUUCUAAACCUCUGAAUCAUUUUAAGAAGUUUGAUGUUGAUCAGGUUAGAUGGUUUAAGAAGCCGCUGUUGAAAACUAGCUGCAAAGCUUCCUGAGAAUAAUCCGAGUGGACACAAAAACACAGGUGAAUUUCAGAUGUCCUCUUUUGUGACAGUGUUUGAUUUUUAAGCAAGAUUUUUCCAGCAGAUAAUGCUUUUUGUGUUUGUAGUAAACAGUCAAGCAUACAGCAUUUGCAAAACGACUGAUGGUCAGGAUGAUUUUUUCUGCCGUUUUGGCUCCCUCCUUUCAGAGUCUGGGGUCUACCGCUCUGGUCAGCUGCGGGGUGAAGGAACCUGAAAGGAAGUGGGAUAAACAAAAAGACUGCAAGCCAAACAAAGCUGCAAUGAGGCUCCAAUAGACAUGCUGGUCCAGGGGCAGUGUGAGCCUACAAAGAGCUCUCUGUGAGGGUAGUGGUGCUCCGUAUUCCUGUGGAGUACUCACUCAGUCACACUCAAACACAUAUUACAUUCACAGACACAGCAACAUUACACAGUCGCGACUUGAGUAUGCCAUUACAAAUCUUUUGAGAACACAAAUGUGUCAAUCACCAGCUCUUUUGGCUCUAUGGUGGGAUUCAUCCAAGUCGUGUUCGAGUCGAAACCUUAAACCCUCUGAUGAUUCUGGCUGCCUUUGCUCCCUUUCAGCUGUUUUAUGUUGCUUAAUUUGUUUUUGAUCAGCUGACUGCAACUUGUGUCAGCACCGGCACCACAAAGCUACCAUAAACAUUAUCAAAACAGAGAAGCCACUGAAGAAUUAUGUGCUGAGCUCCAGGAGUGUGUAGUGUAGUGUUACAGCCUACUGAAGUUAUUUGUGCCGGAUUGACUGCGUGUCACACCCUAUACUCUCGUGCCACUUUGGGACAGCUUACAGAGAUGAAAACCGCUGACUUCUUUGAAUGCUUUCCCUCCUCUCAAUCCAUCACUUGGGUUUCUCUCCUGAUGUGCACAGUGGUAAAAGCAUAAAAGAAAUCAGUGCCAGCAGUGUUCAGUCAUGUGUGGGUAGAUGUAUUGCUCUACCUCUGUUGAUGUGUUGCUUUUAUUGCCCAGAGUGCAAAACUCAAGGCCUUGAAUGGUGUCUCCUUAAAGUAAUAGAGUAUCAGGAACAUUCAAAUAGAUUGAGGAUAAAAAGUCUAGACAAAGACACUACUGUUAUUCUUUGACCUUUUACUGUUUAUUACCAAUAAACCUAAUAGAAUCAGGUCACAUUUAUCUCAAUACAUGGAAAGCCUGUGUUCUUCCUUUUCAGUAAUAUUACUCAGAAUCACCAUGGCCCCUAAAGCAGACAGUAGGUCUUCAUGAUGCAAUCCCUGCCUGUACCAAAUCUUUGCCUCGAUAUGUCAGGGUAAUGCUCAAAGACUUAAGUAGACCAUGAGGUAGUCUGAGAUGCCAGACUCAGCUUGAAAAGGUCAGUAACAGCAGUUGUACAACAGUGAGAAUUUACGAGGUUGUAAAGCAGCAAAGUGAACAGGAGGUUUGACCAACACUGUAAAGCAGUAUCUAUUAUUGAGUAGUAAUAAACAGUCUGCUAAGAAAAUUAGCAGAGGAAACAGGUUUAUUAUCAACGCACAAUGUGUGAUGGUCGAUCUUAAAAUGUCAGUGAAUUUUAGUCGGAUUGAGCUCAAGGAUUUCACCGGUGUUUUUAUGUUAAACAUUGGCUGCCAUAUUGGUUCACUCAGAAGGACUGCUGAAAAACUCCAAAAAGGAAACAUCCUGUGCCAAAGCUGGGUCAAGUUUAUCAAAUCUGUACUUUGCAUUUAGUUUUCCUAGUAAAAGCCUCACAGUGAAGACUGUUGAGAGAGACAUCUGGGGACAGGAGGCUCAGUUUUAACUGUGGACCUAGGAAUACACCUUUAUCUAAAACUUCAACACCUCUUUUUUUUUUUUUUUUGGAAAGUUUGUUACUUUUUGUUGAGUAGGAACUUGGAAGAAAGUUUGAUGGAGCUGUGACGGGAUUGUAUUUCAGACAGAUGGGGGAAAUGUGAACUGGUAGGUGUAAUCAUCUAUCAACUACAAGUUCUAAAUGAUCAAACUAUCAUAGAUAUGAGACAUGUUGAGGGACGGUGUUUCAAGCACACCUUCUGUUACUUUUGCACAUUUUUAACUCAGUUUAGCCAGUCUUUAAAAACAAGAGAUGACUCAGUAUCAUUCAUGGACCAGUUAUUCCAGGAUUCUUGCAAAAAGAGAUUAUCAUUGGUUGGGAUUUCCUGCAUGGGAUGAGAGAGAUUUUUGAGGCCAUACCAUUCAUAUACUGGUGUUGUGUUCUUGGAUUGAAGUUAAAUUUCACAUUCAUUUGACAUUUAUCUUAAUGUUGAUCAACAACAACUGAUUUGACGAUUUCACUAUGGUCAUAUUUCUCACACUUGUGAAGCAAUGUCUGCUUAAAAACUGGAAUUAAAUGAACACAGUUGAUCUAAAUCAGGAAGAAUUAGCAGAAUUAGCAUCUCUGGUUGGAGUGCCUCAGGUGUGCCUGAACCAUGCUUCGGUUCCUCUCUGGUAUACAUACAUACAACAUCAGGCAUUUCCUCUUUUGUUCCUCUGUUCUGUGCUGCUCUAGUGACUUCUUCAUAACUACAGAGCUUACCAGCAGAAAGAGAUACUCGCCUCGGACUGCUUCAGAGCUUCCAUCAUGAUUUGUAUUAAGGGGGGAUUCUUGAACUUGACCUCAAUGGUAUUCAGUCAAAUUUUUUACCAAGUUUAGAAUCAGAUCCCUGUGAAAGUUGACUCUGUAAACUCAUUCAUUCCUGAUGUGACAAGUUGACUUGAUUUCUGUCAUUCAGCUCAAGUGUCUGCAAAACAAGUCUAGGCUUGUAUGCACGGUGGGGUGAAAAUGUAUAAACCGUUGAGCAACCUGCCUCCUCACCCCUCCCCUUUUCAUUUCCUGUGCCUUUUUUCAACUUGCAUGUUCUGGUUGCUAUAGCGACACAGCGACGAAUAAACUUCCUGUCUUGUUGCUGUGGUUAAUUGCAGCUUCUUUUGGCCCCCUUUUUUCUUCCCCUUAAUAAUCUCCUGAGUAUUUUAGAUGUGUUAACUUCACAUAAUGAUUAAUAAAAUGGAGAUGAACACACACACGCACACACACACACACACGCACACACACACGAACGCACACAGAAAUAUAGAUAUAGAUGUGACUUUUUUUUUCCUGUUCUCUCUAAUCACUUGAUCAAAAACUUGUCUUAGUUCAAUCCUGCAAAACUUUGCUUUUAGUGCCCAAAGUCUCCUGGUGAUUUGGGUCAUAGGUUAUUUUUAAGCAUGAUUGAAUAUAUAAGAUUUAAUUAUAUAACUGUAAUUGCUUUUUACUUUUCCAAAAGUUCACAUGAAAAAAAAAGAGCAGGUUUUAUCUCAGAGUUAAAAAUUGACUCCCAGUGUGAUAUAAACUUGAAAUGCUGAGCGAUGGUGUUUGCUCUGACUGUGUCGGGUCCAUUGGUCUGGUCACACCUUUCAUGUCUGCAGGCUUUAAGGCCAGCAGCCCCUUGAUUUUCAGACCUGUGAGAAGGCCGGCCGUCUCGGUCAGCCUUGGUCGCCUCAUCUGCUCUUUGAUCGAUGGCCUUUCAGUUUGGAGUAAUUAUCCCGGGAGCAAACAGGGAGGCUAGUGGCUUUAUAGGCCGCCAGUUGCACACAGAUGGACAUUGGCAUAAAAGUGUUUACAUCCACAAAGGUUAUGAGUUAUUUCCAAAAGGCUCACUGCCCUUCUUGAAAUUGCAAAUUAAUGCCACUUUUUAUUGGAAAAAACAGAAGUGAUUUCAAGGGUCAUGUAGUUAAUGAGUUUAGUCAGUCAGCAAGUUAAAACUUUCCUCCACUCACUGUUUGUAAUCAUAGUUGAAGCCCAACAUUUUGAUUUAUCUUAGUUGUCACAAUUUAUUUGAGUAUUAAAAAGGGAUGUAAUCCCAGCUCGUAAGUCACACAGUGGCAGCCCUGGACUCUUUAAUAAGUUACUGCUUAUAACAGUCUGACAGUAUACUGAUCAUAUUAAUGUGACAGUAAAGUCACAUUUUACUGUUCCAGUGUUUGAAACAUGCCAAGAAAGCUAAUGGCAAUGAAUAGAUUUGUUUUCACAUGACUGGUGCUUGAUUUUCUGGCAGCACUUUUUGUUAAGACCUUUUUUUUCCUGGUUGGAGCUACAACCUAAAAAUCUGUACUUUCUUGAAGCACCAAUUUAGCUCACGCAUAAAGUGUCUGUAGCCUUUAUUGAUCAUAGUUUCAACUCCAGUCUCUUAACCAUUUGAUGCGUGUUUACCCCACGUUCUCCCCCACAUUUUCCUUCUCUUUUCAGCUGUAAUUUCACAUAAAGGCAAAAGACCAAAAAAUAAUAUGAAAAGAGUAUCAGAGUUAAAACAAGUUUUGAAAUUCCUUGCACAGCCUAUAUGUAAUGGUAAAAAUAGAGAGGAGAUGACACUGGCCAAGUGUCCUCACUUCUGACCCCAGCUUGUGUUUACUCCUAAGCGUUAUUCCUGGAAACUUGUGUGAGAAAAAUAUAAAUCAGAAAACUGGGGACAGCCUGUCAAAAUUUUCAGAGAUGACAUCUAAAAAUAUCUUGCUUUGUUACUCACAGUCUAAAAUCUACAGCGACAACUUUCCUCUAGUUAAAAUAAAAAACCGUAAGCAGCAAAUUCUCACAUUGGAAGCACCAGAUUGUGUAUUUGUGAAAAUAAGCCUAUAAGGGUAAAAACGCAAUCAUUCUGUGAUCAAAAUAGAGUAUUAUAUAAAUGAAAUAAAAGAUAAAUCAGUAUACCCUCCCAGCUCUGCUCUAUUUGGUUGGAUUGUCACCGUGUGUAUAAUAUCCUGUCUGGACAAAACUCAAGAUAAUCCUGAAUUUGCAUGCCCCUCACACUGGCUUUUGUUGACCAUCACAUUUGAAGCCAAAUGUUUUUACCAUGCAUUUUUCCCUAGCUCACCUCAUAUAUUUUGAUACACUAAUCCAUAAUUCAUAGAGCCUUUCCCCUGCAUCCUUCUGCCUGUACAUGUGAGUGUGUAUGUGUAUGUAUGUGUCUGAGCACAAAGGUUAGUGCAGGAGGAGGGGCUGAUAAUGGAUGCAUGUAUAAUGCAUCAGCAGUACAUUUCCAGUUUCCCAUGAUGCAGCACAUACCUCCACUGAGCUCAUAUAAAGCACAGCCUUGGUCCCUGUGACUAAACAAGGCUUCUCCUGCUACGAGAAUGUACAGGUGUGAAGGAUCAGAGGAACAAAUCCACACAAUAAAGUUUUUAAUGAGCUUCGUCAGACCAGCAUUUCUUGCAGUAGGUCAGCCUCAGCACAGGGAGGCUGCAGCUGUUGUGACUGCAAAGAGACACUAAGCUCUCAGCUUUGUUCUAGGUGAGACUGAAGCUCACAUAUUGAUUGUGUGGUGAAGUGGCCUCUCCUGUGAGUGUGAAGUGAAUUUCUGGUUGACACGAAAGAGUAAAAAAAUGAGACAGCGUCCAGUGAUCCACCUUAAAAAUGAGUUCUGCUGUUUGCUGUCUGAGUGCAUUGAAGUCCUGGUCAGAAAAUGUAAUUUGCUGUCGUAGGAGUGCUUCAACUAGUCCUCCAUGUCCUGCUCACUACUCUCUCUUUGGGAGUGCUGCCAAAGAAGAGGGAAUCAGAAUAAUCAUUCAGGGCUGAGCGUUCGGCAAGGGGUCUCAAAGAUGCUAACUAUUUACACAUAUUUGUCAGUGCAGUUAAGGGGAUAUUCUGGUGUAAAAUUAAUUUAGGGUCAAACACAACGUAACACCGAUUUAGACACCCCCUCGAGAGAUGAAUGUUGCAGACUGCUUGCUUCUUUCGUUUUACCAACUUUAGUAACGACUGCACGAUAACAACACACAGUGGUCUGAGGAGCCAUCAACAAACCUCAACCAAAAUGCCACUCUGUAGCCACAAAUAAUGCUCAGGCCAUAGUAUUAGUCAUCAAACAUCUUUUUAACUUUGCCUAAUUUCUGUAGGAAAGAGACUAAACACAACUCACCUACUCUCUUCCAGCAGCUUCUUGUUUGUAGCGAGACUUCAGGCCAGUCAAUCAUUGACUGCAGCGGGGUGACGCAGCUCAAGGAAGAACAUUUAUGAUCAUUACUUUAUCAUUUCUUUGAAGUAAUAAUCACCAUAUUAAUUAUUUUGCACUGCAGAAACGGUAGUCCUUCUGCCUUAGUGUCUUGGUCUGGUUGCAUUUCCAUGAAGAAAUGUUGGCCUUUUGGUUGAGGUUUGUGUGUGGCUCCUGAGACUGCUGUGUAUUGCUAUUGUGUGGUUGUUACUAAAGUUGGUAUAACUAGUGGUUGGCAACAUUCAUCUCUAAACAGGGUGUCUGACUCGGUGUUACGGUGUGUUUGACCCUAAACUAAUUUUACGCCGGAAUAUCCCUUUGAAGAGGGGGUAUUAUUAAAUGCAUUAUUAUGCAUUUUUUCAGACUCUAUACUUCCUCUCCAAUCAAUAGCUUUACAUGAAUUUCAGAUUUAAAAAAAAUCCUCCUGUUUCUCACUCUGAUGUAUUAAAAUAUAUCAAUAUCAUCAGCCUCCUUCUAAAUCGCUUUGUUUUAGCUACUGUCUCUUUAAGGCCCCCCCUUCCACGAGCCUACUUUCUUCUGAUUGGCCACUUCUCCCGAGGCUUUCUGGAGGCCGUAUGAGGACUUCGCUCGAUGUUUUGCCCCCACUUCCUCUAUUAUGUCAAUCAGUAGAAGAGCAGAUCAGUUACUCUGCUCUGCUGUGGGUGUCACCUCACACACUGUUGGAGGCAGGCUGUGUCGCUUUAUCGGAAGUGCAGAUGAAGUAUUAAGGAGAGUCUAUUGAGGUGAUGCAAUUACUUGAGUGGGUCUUUAGCAAAGUCCCGUUUUGAGCAAUUUACAUCUGUUUUCUAGAACUAUACACACGUAAUUUUAUCUUUUACAAAAGAAAAAACAAAGCAAAAGACUACUCAGUGGCCUAGUCCAGCUGUCCAGUAGCAGUCCAGUUUUAUGAUACUGCAAACUCACAACUGAAAAAACAGCUGUUAAACCAAGCUGUUAUAGAAGAUUACAUAGAGAUAUGCAAAGCAAAGAGCACCUACAGAGGCCACAAGAGAGAAGGGGUGUGAUGUUAAAGAAGAUAAUUUCUUCGAGCAUGUCUCAAAAAAGGGAACCUUUCAGGAAGGAAGUAAACAAGAACCCGCAGCCCACACAGUGUCAAGAGCACAGGAAAUCAUGUGACGUUGCUGAGAUAUGUAACUGUGCAGUAAAAUUGUGUUGUGCCUUCCUCUGUUCAUCAUCGUACACUGAACAUCUGUACAAGGUUUUCAAUCAGCAUCUGACCCUGAUUCCGGCCUACAGUGUUGCUUUAUUUGAAGGAUGUAGCUGUUGCUGCUUGUAUUGGCUUAUACAGUGCGUGUGUAUGUGUGUUUGUGUAUGCAGUGGGAUUGUCUUUCAAUAUACCCUUGGAGCGAUCCCAGGUCUUUGCUUGUAGCGAGGAGUCAGAGGUCAUGUAACACAAUCCUAAACCUGACCUCGCCAGAUGUCUGCAAGAUGCAUAAUCUGAUUAGAUUAUAUGGGAGCAUGUGUGAAAGUGGAGCAAAGAUGCUGGAACAAACGGAUCACGGCCUCAAUUCAUCGAACAAAUCUAGUUUUCUGUGUUUUUUCUAAGAGUUGUUGCUAUGCUUAUACUAGUAUUGGAAAUGUCAUCAAUACAGACAAAUCAAUAUUGUCAAAAAUGCAGUAUUGGGUAUCCAUGACUACGCAUGUCAAUAGCAACGAUUGACUAUAAUAAUCACAUUACCAGCCUAUGCAGUAAUAUUAAUGUCACUGAGGUCACUGUUUAGGAGUGGCUUCAGAGGACUGAUUUUAGGUCUGAUUUUAAGACCACAGCAGUAUGUUGUUUGCUGAGAAUGUAGAGAAAAAGACUGUUUCUAAAGCACAUUCAUGACUUUAUUUUUAUACUGUUAAAAUAAACAAAAAUGGUAAAACCACAAAAUAGAGGAAUUUGAUAUAAAGAAGAUCAGGGAUGUCUGACACUCUUUUGGUCACAGAGAAUGUCAUUAGCGAUGGAGAGCUAAGCUGCCAUAACUGUUUCUGCUCUGCUUGGUACAACGAUGAUUGUGAUUUUAGGUCAGGAUUCUCACAUGGUACUGAGUCAGAAGAUCCACAGUGUAGCAAUCAUAACUCACCUACAUGGGGUGAAUCAAAAUCAUGUAUUAAAAAAUCAUGUCAAUACAUGUGAUCUUCUCUGUGUGGGUUAAUACUUCAAAAUAUCAAACAUCUUGCUCAAAUGUUCAGUUUGUUCUACAUCUAACGCUUGAAUUUUGUUGGUUAAAAAGUUACACUUGGAUUUGAACACUUCUUAAAGCCCUUGAACACAAACAACUACAGUAAGUCAAUCAUCACAAGGAAAUGUAUGCCAGAAGGUCAUCAAGUAUUGGGAAAUCUGCUUGUUUGUUUGUUCUGUAGUAGCACCCUUACUGGGGAGGCCCGCUCCAGAUGUUACAAGAACCUCCCAGGGCCACAGACUCUCAGCACCCUUUCUUCUGGACGCUCCUUCAUCUCUGCAAACAGUUCAAAAAUCAACAUCAAUUAUGAAUUUGGUCCAUCUGGUUGGCUGUGAUUACGGCUCCUGGCCGCCCUGUAGCAGGCCUGAUAGCUGGUCCUGCGUACAGCUCUGUCAGAUGAAUUCACAACUAAGAAUGCAGAGCUGAUGAAUUGAAGCAGGAGACACUUGGAGCAAAGCCAGGAGAGAAAAGAAAGAGAGUAACCUCACCUCUCUCACCUUACUUUAUGCUGCAACAUCUACAGUUUAUGAAGGUUUGGGUUGUUGUAUAUUUGUCUGCCCCUCUGUGAAAGGGAUUGUUGUUGUUUUUAACCUCACUCUCGAGUCAGGUUGGGAAGAUUUAUCCUCCUCUUCCUCUUCACCUCUCCCUCUCCUCAGCUGAUCCUCUCCAGUGUCUGCUACAAUUAAUGGUUUGCUGUCCCACUCAGCUCAGUCUCACAUCAACCUUUUCUAAAACCCUCCCACCUCUGCUUCUGACCUAGUCCCACUCUGUUUUCCCUCUUAACCUUCCUGAAGCACUCCUGAAUCUAACCACUGUCUCUGCAGACCGGAAAGUAGCUGGUUUAGAAAUAUUGCCUGUUCUGCAUCCAUAUUUAUUCAUUUGUCCUAUUAGUGAAACACAAUUUGUAAAGUGGUUUAUCAUAUCCAUUCAUGUGGAGAAAAGGCAGAGGGAUGUGAGGGACAUGCUUACUUUAAGAUAAAGGAGCUGUAAUGUGAAAUUUAGUUGUUUUUCUUUGAUCUGUGACUCCACAAAGAUUAUUUAAAGAAUGAAAUGUGGGUCCUGAUUGGUGGAUUGAUCCUCUAUAAGGCCCUAAAGGUAUGACAGCACCUGCAGAGGAGAUAAGAAGUGUAGAGAAGACCAGUAAAAAGUUGUUAUUGUUGCUGCCUCCUUUCCAAGUUCUCUGUUUGGGGGAGGACAGAAGACGUUUUGUUUAAGAGAUCCCCGUGGUCAUGUCAGAAAAUCACAUCUCAUAGACCUGUUGUCUCCUGAGCUCCACUACAAACUGAGCCUUUCUCCAACAGAUUUCUGCAUAAUGCAUUGUUGUUAUUAAACCAGGUUCUGUUUGCUUUUCAUCUUUCAGUAGCUCUCGAUGUUACCGUCACCUGUUGACAGAGGGAGGAUGUCUGUGCAGCAUCCUGCCUGCCAAGGAAGACAGUGUGCAGCUAGUUUGUAUCUAACUUCUUUACGUAUUACACAUGGAUAUCGUCUGUGAUCUGAGCUGAAAGGAAUAGAAGCACAACUUGUUUCUUGCUAAAUCCAGUUGGGAUUUGUGGUUUUUGUGACCUUCUCUUGAUAACUUAAAUGCUGUCUUGCUGUCUCGAUGCUUUUUGUCUUUAUUGUCUUUUUGUUUUUGUACUCUUGACAAUAAAAUGUUGUUUUUUCUAAUCGGUUCACGAGUUGAUAGCUGAUUGUUUUGGUAGCAGACAACAGGUUGUUGGUAUUUGCAUCCUCACUUGUUAUCACAUGCGCAAAAUAAAGUGAUAAAGACAUUCUCCUUAUACUCUUCUUUACAGCCAUAAAUCAUUCACUUCAUCCUGAUGUAGUGUAACCCAUACCCCUUUGUGCUAGGGCUGGGUUGAUAAAUCAAAAAUUUACCGAUACUGAAGUAACCAACAGUAACCAACGUCAUUUUGUCCAUAUCAGUAUAUUCGGUAUCAAAAAAAUAAAUGAAUCAAUAAAAGUUGGUUUUGGAUGUGUGUAGGUAGGCUGUGGUCUCAUGUCCCUUUAAGAUGCUGUCCCAUGUCAGAGACCUGACUCCACCCCAUCCAGUCCGUAACAAAGAGGGCAAGACAGAUGAGGAGAUGGAGGACGGUUCAAAAGUUGUAGUGGCUGGAGCGGUGGCUGAAGUAGAUUAAGUUAUUGUGGGAGGGGGUGAGCAACUUGCGGGUAGUUGUCAUCCUUUUAUCGUUAUCGAGGUGAACUGCUCAAUAUAUCGUGAUAUUGAUUUGAGGCCAUAUCACCCAGCCCCAGUAUAUAUCCUCUCCAAACAGUGUGAUUUUGACUGAAUCAAUUUAGGAGCCCACAUAUGUAUUCCAUGUACACAAAACGCAUUAAUCUAAUUAUCUAAUCAGUCACAUAGACAUCAACUCAAAAAAUCCAUUAAAAUACAACUUGACUGUUUGAUGGCUGAUUAUUUUCCAGACAAAUACUAAAGAUGAUGACUCAUUAUUUGAUCCAUUGUUGACUCAGCCUAACAAUCCAUAUCGAUCUGUCCUGAAGCUCCUACCUUUGUGAGCUGUGUCUCCGACUCCCUUGAAACAUGUAGAGGAUAUAGAUGUGGACUUCUUGCCUCUUGUCGCUCUUUGCUUUGGCAGCAGUUGUCAGUGUGCCGUCCAGACUUGCUCUUUGCCUGAGGCAUGGUAGCCAUCUGUUGAAGGAGACUGUAUCACUCUGUCCGUGUCUUUAAACAGAAAUGCUGUUGUGUGUUUGUGUGUGCGCGCAUGCAUACGUGCUAAUUUGCCUCCUCGAGAGUACACAUGUUCAUGCAAGAUGCUCUUAUUUUCUCCUUGACUGGCUCUGAGAAUAGGAAGUGGCACAUGUGUCUUAUGCAGAGCCUCUAGUCAGCGGUCUAAGUUGGCACAUUUCUUGACACGUAGCUGAGAGGAACAGGCGGCAUCGAGCCGCCUCACGGCUGGUGUGUAGGCGGCCGAGGACGAGGGGAGAAAGAGUUUGAGAUAUGAUGGAAAUUGAAAUUAAUUAGAUUAUGGAAAAAAGAGAGAGUGGGGCUUCAGAGUGAUAAAGAAGUGAUGUAUUGUUACAUGUCGCACAUGAGAUAUCUGUCUGUGUCAGGGAGUUCAGUCUUUUCUCUCUCCAUGCUGCUGCAAGCUUAAGUUGCAGUCUCAGCGCUUUUGUUGUCAACACUUUCUUCAUUUACCUGUCCCAUUCUUUUAUACCCUGUUUCCCUGAAAUUUCAUUGCUCCUCAACCACUUUAGUACUUGUGUUGGCAUCAACACAAGCUGCCUCAUCACUUUUCGCCCGUAGCCCAAGUGUUGAGUAUAAUAGAGAUAGAUUGUGAGGGCUCCAGCUUGUUAUUGUGUUAUUUGUUUGAGAAUCCACGUGCCAUCGGCUGCUGAACGUGAGAAAAGAGCCUGCGAGAAGUCUCAAGUCAGUGUCCAACAGUGAGAUGAGCCUCGCCUGCACGGUGAACAAUAUUUAACAGCACACACAGCAAGAAAAAAAUCACGUUCAAGUCAGCUGUUCCCUUCUCGUUUCUAUAAGUAAAUAUUGAUUUGAGCCUCAUGACAUCCCGUGUUGCUGCUAUUGUCUCCAGAGCUCAGCUUUAAAGGUGGUGCUUACUUGAUAUUCACGGGUCAACCUGUCACUGAGGGACAGGUAUUGAUUAAUUUAACAGAUCUGCCCUUAAGGGAGGGACCGAGAGGAAUGGAGAGCCAUCCUCUUCACAUUUGGUGGACCAGUUAGGCUUUUUAAAGGAAAAUGAUCUUAUGCUCUUAUGUAUUUUUUUAUCCAACUUCCUCCACAUCCACAGCAGCAGCAUACGAAUCGGUCUAUUAACCUUCCCAUUAAUGUGUGUGAAAUCAUUUUUCAAACAGCAAAGCAGACGCUCGAUUAAUUUUUCUAAUUGUUCGCAUGCCUGAAGGUUCGACAGUAAAGGCCACAGCAUUUACACUAGAGCACCUCAGUAAUUACACAAAGGCUGGCUAUCGAGUUAGUUAAUUACAUACAGCUUUAAAGAAUAUGACAAGAGAGCCGAAUAGCAUAUUAUGAACGCCUGCGUCAUGUUUACUUGUUUCAUAUUUAAUGUAAAAGGUUCCCCACCUUUGUGAAAAUUAGAUCUAAUUUUACAGCGUUGGCAUUUGGGUGAUCACGAUUCCUCUGAAUGAGUGAUAAUGGCCUGAAACAGGUUAUCACAUAAGCACUUAGUCUCAGACAGGUUCUCAGGAAGAUCCUAAUGCAAACAUUGAAUGAUAGUAAAACUUUUAUACAGAGAUGGUAAAUUGAUUCUUGCACCCAUAUGACAACUCAAAAGUACUCAAAUGCUGCUCUUUUAAAUAAAUAACCUAAAAAGUAUUCAGUCGUUAUAUACAUUUUUAACCAAUUCAACUGCAAGCUGCUGUCUGCUGUGCUGUGUUGUGUUGUAAACUGUCUUUAAGAGUAUUGUGACCUUUUUUAAGCUUGCUUUGAAAACAUUUGUGCCAAUGCAGAGCUGUAUUUAGACAACAGAUUUGUCAGUCAGGUUCUUUCAGACAUCUUGCGAUGCAUACUUAGACACAUCAUCAGUGAUGUAACCCAGGGUCCUCGGGUGUUUCAGGUCUUUCAACAGCCUACACCCUCACCUGGGCAACCCAGUCAGGGUUGAUCAAGCCCCGACUUGUGUCUAAGUAGCUUUAGUGGUCCACGGUUCACCCCACUUGAUCCACAGCCAUCUUGAUGCUCUCUCUGUGGCAUCUGAGAUGGCCUUGAUGGCUCUCCUGCUGUGCAGCCCUCUCACUCCCAGCCUCUUCAGUGCCCUACAGAGAGACUGGCCCGCGAAGCCCCCACCUCAAUGGGGUCACACCAGGUCUUCCAUCCAUUCUGUCGGCACUCGCUUGCCAGCUCCUCAUAUUUGGCCCUCUUCCUUUCAAAGGCUUCCUCCAUCCGGUCUUCCCAAGGAACAGUCAACUCCAACAUUACCACCUGUCUGGAUGUUUCUGACACCAGCACUAUGUCUGGCCUGAGUGAGGUCUCAGCGAUGGAAGUUGGAAAUUUGAGCUGUUUCCCUAGGUCCACCUUCAGCUGCCAGUCCCGGGCUGUUGUUAGAAGCCCUCCUGUUGUUCCUGAGUAGUGGUGCACCUUCUCUCCAGCCUUGACAAAAGCUAUGGUGUUCUUUGCUGGUUGUUGCUGCCUGCUACUGGUGAUCUCUGAGCAGAUGACCUCUGCGAUGACCCGCAGCACCUGAUCGUGACGCCAGCGGUAGCGACCCUCUCCUAGGGCCUUCCUGCAGCUGCUCAGGAUGUGCUCCAGGGAUCCCCUUUUCAUGCAGAGUGGGCACACAAAAGUCUCUGCCAGGCCCCAGCAAAAGAGGUUGGAUGGACUGGGGAGGACGUCAUAGGCUGACUGGAUCAGGAACUUUAUGCAGUGUUGCUCGGACUUCCAAAGCUCCGACCACGGCAUUUUCCGGUCCAGCACCUGCUCCCAUCGUGCCCAGGCACCCUGCUGCUGCAUCCCCAACAAUCUGGCUUGAGCGGGCCUCCUCCACCCCUGCUUGGAUUUCCUCGUGGACCAUUUGGCGCCUCUCUCUCCCCCUGACUCGGUCGAACCGAGGUUUCGGGUUGCUGCCAAGCCCAGCCCGCCCUGUUGCCACCACUCCUCUCAACUGGUCAACUGCAUCUUGCGCCCUCCACUUCCUGCCAGUCCUCCCCUCUAUGCAGGCUGAGGAGACCUUGAUGUCAUUUGAGUCUCUGUACAGCAACACCUCUCUUGCUCAGGUGGCCAUAAACUUCUCCGUCAGACUUCCGAGGGGGAGUUGCAGCUUGUUCUUCUUCCUGUGCAAGGCGAUGCUGCUGAGGCUCCGCCACCUGCGUAGGUACUGGCUGACCUUCUUCUCGUAGCCCUCAACAGUUGUGAUCGGCACUUGUUAGACCAGUAGAUCCAGGCCUUGAACUUGCCUGGCAGCCCUGAUCUGUCCACUGCUGCAAGCCAGGUUAGAACUGUAUUUAGACAACAGAUUUGUCCGUCAGGAUCAAUUCAUUUUGCAGUAUUCGGCACAGUUAUGCUGAAGUCAGACAUCACAAUCUUUUUGUCUGUCAGUGAAACACAGCCAAAAAUUGAGACUUGGCUGACAGACAUAAUCGACUGUAUGAUGGUACUCCACUUAUCAUCAUGAUUGAUGUGGUGAUGAUGUUGGAAAGGAGAGGGGCUGGGCUAGACGACACCCAGAAAUGCUAACGGCAGUUACUCAUCGGGAUGCGGAGGUGCGUCACCAACAUUCCUCUUUUUUCAGUUUUUCCUUGUGAGCUCUCAUCGUUCUAUCUCUCAGACUUGAAACCCUGAGUCUGCUGGAUCAGGUUAUAAAUGUGCUUUUAAAGUCCCACUCUGAUCUUUUUUAUUUUUAUUUUUACUACUCAAAGUGAUCUCAAUGGUCUUUAAAUUGUGAUUAUGAAGUUUUUCCCAAAAAUCACGUUACCUGUGUCAUUUUCAAGGGCUUUCCUUCUUCAGAGCUCCAGUAGAUCAUUAGCAAUUCACCUCUGAGUCGUGGGUGGAGACAGCGCUGCUCUGCACACUCGUCUUCACGUUAGUUUGCAGCCUAACAUUGCCGGUGCUGUAGAAGUGGCAGGUAGCAUAGGAGCUAUUCAGCUCUCAGACUGUCAUGUCUUUAGGGACUAAUAUUAUAAUUAGCUGUCUUACAAGCAUUACAAUCCGCUAACGCACACAAUUGUUCAGCGAUCGUCCUCUGUAUAUCUCCUCUAUAUGCAGAGUGUGGCCUGCAUAGCGUGGCUCCAGGGGCGGAGCUUGGAUUGGUUACAUAUGACAUUUCACUGUUUCUGAACCUGCUUUUUGGGUCUGCCAGAGAUUCACAGCGAUUUAAAUGAAGAAAUACUCAGAAAAGCAAUUUCGCAUUUAUUUUUCUCAUGAUAUGUCCUGUAGCAUCAGAAAAAUGACAUAUGAACAUGUAAAAAAAAAACCCAAAAAAUGUGAUUUUCUUUGAAGUGGGUCUUUAAUGUGUUGCCAUUUCUUUACUUGAUGGCUCUAGAAAGUGUCCUCUAUAGAAAUGUGGGCACUAUUAGUGUAUCAUCACCCUAAUGUGGUAAUUAAUUGAACUUAUAUCGUAGUUUAACAUUCACUUCGACCAUUAGCGAUGAGAUUUAACUUCUUCACUGACAUCCCAUGAAGAUAUUUCCCUACCCAGAGGCUGUAAAACUAUUUAUGGUGGCUGGUGAAGACAGUUGUCAUACUGAGUGAAAGGAGGCGGAGCUCUAUGAGUUACUGCUGCUGCGAGCUCUAGCACUAGUUCAAACGGCCCAGGUCUAAAACACCAACAGCAGGCCUGUGUUCUCAGCUAGCAGGAACCCACACUGCAGCCUUUGUGUCCUGCCCCCAGUCCCACCGGGUUGGGUCGCACUUGCCCUGAACACAUGCACAUUCAUUCAUACUCAGAGUAAAAGCAUUAAUACUAUGGGAGGAAGCCCUUUGAAAUAGUUAACAUUGCUGUAAUGAAGCUGUUCCUGUAGGAUACUGAUGCAACACAUACAGAAAUCUAUGGACUGUAUUAAGAUGUUAAUUGUAAAUCUUGACACAGAGCAGUGGGAAUAAGUCUUCAUUUCCUCCUCCUUUAAUGUCUGGACUUGUCAGUUUCAUCAUGCUUCACCGAGUAACCGAACUCGAGAGAUGGUGUUAGCAUGCCAGGAAUUCUCACAGAAGAGCUGGCUGGCACACUUCUUCCUCUCAUCAAGGUCUCAUUGCCAGUCAAAUGAGGGAGUUGAUGGAGCUUUUCUCAGACUCUAUUUCAACAGAGAGAAGCCAACACUCCACAAUUAGCUGUAAGUUUUGUAGUCAUGCUAAAAUAAAAACAGUUUCAAUCCUAAUUGGUUGUCCUGUACACAUCUACGAAAGAGGAUUAGGGCCACCGAAAAAAAAGGUCAAAUUGGUAUUUUAUUGUUAUAAUUCUGAGAUAAUAGUCAGAAUUCUGACCUUAUCCCUUUCUGUACACAUCCCUCAUCAGAUCUUGUUUUUAAACCACUAGUUAUUCAAGAUGGGUUUAUGGUACUGAUGGCAAAAGGUUACAGCAUAUGGCAUGAAGGCUUUCUAUACUAAGUUCAAACUGUGGACACAAGCUGACACAGUGUACAUAACUCAUAUUAGUCGCAGUAUCUAUCUGUAUUCGUGAGGAGAAGUUAAAGAAGCAGUGUGGUGUUGAAACCUAGCCUGCUGUACGUGGCUUUUCACACACACCCUCAUGCUUUGACAGUAUAAUCCUGCUGACUGUCACCUAUGCUGGGUCAUCAUACCUAUAUCCUAAAACACGGUUUACUCACAGUGGAAGCAGAUAGGUUUUUCCUGUCAUGAUACUAUUAUAAUUGUUUUGAACUCCCAGAUGGCUGUUAGCGUCUAGCUGAGCAUCUACAAACAGAGACACCAGCAGAUGUCCCCCAAAUAUGUAUUCACUCCAGUCCUUCAGAGGUCCCAAGCACUAAAUGAGUGGUCAAUGUUGUGUACUGGAAGUACAAACACUCACAUCAUUUCUAGAGGUUAUUUAUUUUACCAUUAUGCACGAGUAAUACCACUCUGGUAGUAUAUAACAUACCCAUCCCAAAGGUAUCAAUGUCUGUUUUGUAUUCAGCAGUGAUUUUCUGUAGUUUAUGGUCAAAUAGGGACCAGGUCACAGCAUGUGAACAGGAAAGUCAUCACUCAUCAAUGACAACACCCCUCUGGUGUGAGUGCAGUCCUCUGUCCACCGGACACAGCCUUGGUCUGCCUGCAGGCUCUGUCGUUCACCAGCUGGACCUCUCUUAAUCCAAAGGUGGGCUCCUCCUGAGCGCAGGUUUCCUUGGAACCCACCUCAGUGUCGGUUCUGCGUGUCUACCCGUCACAUUGUAUCCCGUCACUAAUCUGGUAAUUUCCUGAGUCUUGCUGGAAGAUGAACAGAUACCCUACUGCUUCAAUCUAUGCUACAUCUCCAUGCUAAUGCCCUCUUCAUGUUUAACAUACACAGACAGAGAAUGUGUUGGCAAGCGCAGACCUUCUCAUUUUCCCCUUUUUUGUUGAUUUCAUUUUUUGUUUGGUUAAACUCAUCUUAUUAAAUGGACUUGAGGUCUGAACUGGCAGUCCUGCCUUAUUUUCCUCAUAAUUUCUCUCAUGACUCAAAAACAACCACAACUGCUGUGCAUAUUGCCCUGUUGCUAGGCAGUGUACAGGAUUUAUUUUCUUGCAUACCCAGCUUUUCUUCAACCUCCUGCUUUACAGUCCUAUUUCACUCUGAUUUUAUCCAACAGUUUAAAGCCACUGAUGUGUCUUACCCAUUUCUCCUCCAGCAGCCGCUUGUUUGUAGGGAGAUCUCAGGCGAGUCCAUUACGGACUGCUGUGGGGUGACGCAGCUCAAGGAAGAACAUUUAUGAUCAUUUCUUUAUGGAAAUGCAAUCAGAUCAAGACGAUAAGGCAGAAGAACUACUGCAUCUGCAGUGCAAAAUGAUUAAUAUGGUGAUUAUUACUUCAAGAAAAUGAUAAAGUAAUGAUCAUAAAUGUAUAUUUAUGUGUAAAUGUGUGUUGCUAUCGUGCGGUCGUUACUAAAGUUGGUAAAACUAGAGAAGCAAGCGGUUGGCAACAAUUAUCUCUCGAGGGGGAUUCUAACUCGGUGUUUGACCCUAAAUUCAUUUUAUGCCAGAAUAUCGCUUUAAGCUAUUAGACCAAGUUUAAACUGAGUUUGAAGAGUGAAAAAUACCAAAACAAGCCAAAUCAACCUUGUUUUCUCUUUCUAAUAAUGAUAAUGCAGCCUUAGUCAUAAAGUCACUCUUAGAGACUUUACUUUUUUUCCAGUCCUGAGUCAUAAACAAUUUCCAAACAGUCUGUGGAAGCAUCAGUAUCAAUACAGCAUGAGGAAAUGUGUGAUUAGUAUAAGUAUUUGUGUCCUGAGCCUUCAUGUUCCAAAGAGAGAUUUGGUGAUAAUGCAGCGUUAGCAACAGAUCAGAUCAAAUGUGUUGUGUAGUGGCAACAGGAUCAUUGUUUCAUCAGUCACACUGUCAUAGGGCCUGAGUUCCUGCCACAGUUUCCCCCAGCAGAACCACGAGCUGCAUUCGCAUUUUUUCACCCCAAUUCUGAGUGAUUGACAAAAUGAUCCUCUAACUCAGCUGUCCCACGAAACGUGUGCCCGUCUUAUUCAGUUAAGGUUUUAUUAGUAGAAACAAAGUGUGUCCAGUCCUGUAGGAGUCCUGCCAAUGGUCUCAUGGAAGCACACAUGCUUACAGUUGGCUUCAGCCUUUUCCUGCCAGCUGCUCACCAUGAAAUAUUAAAACAGAACAGAGCAGUGGAGGACUUACUUGCCUCUGCACACUUGCGUGUACUUUGUAGUUUCUGAAUAAUUAACAUUGAAGUAUACUGUCAAAUUUUUGGGAAUGUCAUAAAACCGGACUGAGGACUUGAUUUGGUCCUGUCACUUUUCACUCACUGGCAUGUGUAAUGAGGAACAGACAGUAUUCUUUUAGGUUAAGUGUAUUUGUGUUGCACAGUGAAGAGAGACGCUACUUAUUUGUUAAUCAAAGCAGCUUUGGCACCAAGCUGUAAAACUGCAUCCCUCAUUUCUACAGGCAGCCUCAGCCUCAUUGAAUAAACUUCAAAAAGUAUGUUGACUAACUUCAGGAGAGCUUGCGCUCAAUGUGUGUAUUUGUGCGUGUGUAUUUGAUGAGAGGGAGGCCAACUAGGUCAUCCGUGGUCAGUGAGGACAUACUUUUAGACUUCUGAGUUCAACAAUCUGGCAGAUUGGCCGUCCAAAUGAUGAACUCUGAGUUUCCAUCAACAGGCCUUAAACCUAAAAGAUUUUCCAUACUGCUAAAACGGCGCUACUGAGUUAGCUCCUUUGGUUUUUCUUGCCUUUUUCUUAGAUACUCACUCUGCUGUGGAUUUUACCAGCUGAAACAGAACAGAAGAGAGUGGAAAGUUUCUCCGUUGUUGCGCACAUGAUUUAUUUAUGGCUAACUAUCCCAUCUGCAUUCUGACAUUAUAACAAGAUUAACAUAGAAGCCAUGCGCACACACGUUUCCUCUCAAUCAGUCUGUGUAUUAGUCAUUUCAUGUUUUCCUCAGCAGGAAAUCUGCUUACAGAUUUCAGUUCACGCUCAAGGUAUGUAGCGAGCGGGAGAGAGCGACUUCCCUCUCUUCAUCCUGCUUCACAAUACGGCUCACAGACUGUACAGCAGAUGGAUGAGAGCUUCAGCACAGUGUGAUAUUUCAGAUUGCUUGGUGAAGACUUCAGACAAUUGCACAAUCAUUUUUUUUCUCGACUGUACCGCACACAACCCUUUUGUUUUGGCAUAUUUGUUUACAUUUGAGUUUUACACCUUUAAACUAAGGCUGACAAGGUGUCUGUGAUAUGUGAAAACAUCCAUAUCAACUCAACUGUGAGCCCGUGUGUGUUUAUGUUUUACAGGGGGGUAGUUAGCUGACAGCUGUCUGCAGAAAGUAUCUUAAGCUUUUCUUACCCAAGGGGCUUUGCUGUUUAUGUGCAUUCUAAGUAGUAGUGUAUUUUAAGGGCCAUCCCAGAAAGCCUUCCCUCUCGGCGAGUUUGCGAGGAGAGUACACUGACAGGCAUCCCUGGGUGUGUGUGUGUGUGUAUGCGCACGUGCGUACAUGUUCUUGGAUUCCUUGUGGCAGAUGAGCUCUCUCUGGUCGCCUCAGGCUGUUAGAAUAAACACAGCGGUGGAUAAGAAAAGCCCACAUCCUGUCAGUGUGAGACAGAUCCAUUAAAAUGUUAACCAUGAUAAUAUGACUCUUGAGAUAUAAUGCGAGGUGGUUUUUGUCUCUUUUGGAGGUUGAGUGGUCAAACUGUGAAACUAAAGACACGGCUGUAUUUCUGCUUGAAUAUAAACUACAGACAGAUCUAACAGAGUCCCUGUAGGUAAAGAGAGAGAGGGAGGGAACAGGAGACUGGACCAGGAUGAAAAUGAGAGCUGAGAUCUGUUGUAAAGCUGAAGCCAGAGCAGGGAGGUAAAGGGAGGGGAGCAAGACAAGGAUCCAGAUGUGAGACAGCCGCACUGGCUGCCUGUUUACAUUUCUCAGCUAACAGGAGUGUAUUUUUAACCUUUGCCUGUUUUUGUUCUGUCUGCAGGUGCUGGAGAGUCUGGGAAGAGCACCAUUGUGAAGCAGAUGAAGUGAGUGACUGUUUAUUGUUCUGUCUUUCCUUCAAUCAUCCUUAACAUAUGAACAGAUGUUUGUUAGUAUUGUCCUAAUAACAUACAUGCUUUCCAGUACAUCAUUCUGGUGUAACUAUGUACCUGCCUGUGGCCUUUUUCAGGCUCAAACCGUCUCAUUUGUGAUUUAUUAAUUUAGUAAAUUCUAACUUCUGUUAACCACCUCUCUUUUUGAGGUAUUAAGCAACCAAUGCAAUGAGUUAUAUUGGCUCUUUUAUCAACAGCUACUGCAGAAAAGAUUAAUAUUAGCAUUAAUGCAACAACACUAGCCACGUUUACAUGUGCAAAAUUUCUUGAUCCGAAUAAUAGUUUAAGGGAUAAGAUAAUCUGAAUCCAUUGUUUAUAUGGGUGCAAAUCAAAUAAUCUGAUCAUGACGUGCGUAUACAGUACAGGCCAAAAGUUUGGAAGCAAGGCCAUUACAGGCCGAACAGUCGGGAGUAACUUCAAGUUUUUGUUCACAAUGCUUUUUUUCAAAUCCAGCAUGAGUUUUAUGUAUUUUGGGAUGUAUUUACUCCAUGAUCAGAUGUUGCUUUCAUGGAAAUGCACCAUUUUGCUCCAUUUACCUUUAGAUAUACAUUGAUGUUAACAGACCAUUGCUAAAUAUGUCAGCAAAAGAUAAUAAGGGCUUAGUUUAAGGGUUGAAAACAUUUGCAAGAGUCACAACUUCAGUGCAAAAGCAAAAAAACAAAUCACAGUUGGAAUAUUCACUUAAACUUUUUGGCUUUUGAGAGUCUGCCUACAAAAAUCCUAAUCAAUCUCAACUGCGUUCAAACUACCCCAAAAAUGGCUAGAAAGAAGCAACUGAGUAAAGAAACAAAAAGUACAGAUUUGUACAUUGAGGAAAGAAGGAUACACAGAAAGAGAAAUUGCAAAAUGCCUAAAGGUGUCUAACAAAGGAGUCCACUACACUCUGAAGAGACGAGAGGAACCUGGAAGUUAUGAUGAUAGAAAAAGACCUGGACGAAAGAGAGUUGAUACAAAAGCGAAGAAACAUAGCAUUGUAACCAGUAAGAGAGAUCGGCGAAAGACAGCACCACAAAUAAGAGAGGAAAUCAACAUGACAAGGUCGAAACCCAUAUCUCUGACAACCGUGAAAUGACGUUUGAGAAAGGCUGGUCUGAAGGGUUGUGUAUCUGCAAAAAAACACUACUUUGUCCACAGAACAAGAAAAAGAGAUAUGAGUGGGCAUAAGCUCACAAAAAUUGGACUUAUGAUGACUAGAAACAAGUUUGCACUGUUUGGUUCAAAACGCAGAGUCUAUGUCCUCAGACAAACUGGUGAACGUCUGAAAGCACGUUCAUUCAGCAUGGAGGUGGUAGUUCCAUGGUAUGGGGAUGUUUUGCAGGUGAUGGAGUAGGAGCUUUGUUUGAAAUAAAGGGUAUCAUGAAGAAGGAACAGUACCAUUCUGUCUUCCAGCACCAUGCUGCUCCAUCUGGACUCAGACUUGUGGUUCAUAAGUUUGUUUUGCAGCAAGACAAUGACCCUAAGCACUCUGCCAAGCUCUGUCAGGGUUACCUAGACAAAAAUAAGAGGAAGGUGUUCUUCAAAAGAUGGUUUGGCCCCCUCAGUCUUCAGACCUUUCUCCAAUUGAGCUUGUGCGGGAUGAAUUGGAUCGAUCGGUCAGAAAAACGCAUCCCACGAAUCAGCUGUAUCUUUUUAUUGAACUUAAGAAUCCCUGGAACAUACCUUAAAAAACUUGUGGAACGAAUGCCUGGUAUAUGCCAAGCUGUUGUUAAAGCCAGAGGAGGUUACUUUAAAGAAAGCAAAGUCUAAGCAACAAUAAGUCAAAUACCUAAUAAUUAAAGUCAAAAUGUCUUCUGAUAAGUUACUCUUUACACAAUAGUCAUGUUUAUUGUGUUGCAAAUUAUAUAUAUGAAACUAUGAUCUUUUUAUAUAUGAAAAUCUGAUCUUGCUUCCAAACUUUUGGCCUGUAGUGUAUGCAACAAGUUUUGGUCAGAUUAGAAGCAUUUGGACAUGCACAGAGUUGUCCGAUUUUGCUGAAACAACCGCAGAAGAAGAGUUGUAUUUCCGCCUGUGUUGACAACAAACCUACAAACGUGGUGGUGGCUCAUUCCAUCCAAAUCAGGAUUUUUUUCCCCUGUUAAAUGUUGUCACUAGAUGGCGCCCUUGCAUACUUAUUUUACUGUUCUGUCAAAGGUCCCACUGUGCGUGCAGAUGUGACCACAUUACGCUGUAUGUACGCCUUGUUAUGUUAUCAGAGGUGGAGACACGGCACCUGGUUGUGUUUUAUGCCAGAGAUACUAAUGAAACCUCCUGUACUGGCCUCAAAAAUAAUUAAGCCAAGGGUUAAGAUUGAAGAUCAAGUCAGGUAAGAGAAUCACGAUCAGAAUAAGUGUUUACAUGGAUGCGUUUCGGAAUAACGAUCGGCAUAAACAACCCCUCUCGAUCGGAAUACAAUUUCUUUCUGAUUGAGCCAAAUUGGAUCAGAAUCUCCCGAUCGUUAUGUUUACAUGACGCAUUUUCAUUCCAAUAGAGUAUUAUUCCGAUUAUUUGUGUCCAUGUAAACGCAGCUAGUAUCACAUAAAAAUCAAAUACUGACAGGAACCUCUUGACCUUCAUACACUUCACUCAGUGUUUAAAUGCAGAAUUUUCCAUUUCCUGGAGGAUUUUACUGUGACAUGUGUACUUAAGAAUCUGAGCACCUCCUCAAUCAUUACUACACCCCUCUGAAAAGUACAAUCGUCUAGCCAGCUGAUUAUGUGAGUUAUAUGCAGUUUGUCUGAGUUCACUUGGCACUCCUUAGAUUGAAGCCAUCAGGCUUAAUAUAGGCCAUUCACAGGUAAUAUGCCAUAAACAUUUAUAACUAGAGCUGUAUGGAGGAGGGAAACAACUGUUGGAUGAUGGGUCGCUUCUAUAAGGUUACCUCCUAAAAGUGGUCGAAAUUGAUUUUGGAUGUGUGCAAUCUAGAGUCAAGCGUAUUAUUAUUAUUAUUAUUAGUAGUAGUAGUAUUUUUUAACUGUCUUUAAACUUUGCUGCAAAUGUUGGAAUAAGCAAUAAACACUGAAGUAUCAUUUUUUCUUCAUUUCUAGAUUUCAAAAAACUGAACUCUGUCAUCUGCACAGAUUUUCAGUGUGUAUGUGCUAUAUUCUGUUUUUUAUCUCUUCAUUGUAACUUGAUUGAGCAGUUCAAUCAGCUUGAACAAUUAGCAAACGGAGAGUACAUUUUCCAAGACCAAAAUCCCAUAAGGGAAACUUUACGUGUUGUUUUAGUGUUGUUUUGUGAAGGAGAAGUGAGUCUCUAAAAUUUCAGUUGAAUCAUUUCAAAUCGUUUCCAACUGAAGAAAAAGUUUGAUAUAAUGAAGCUCACACUUUCCUCGUUAAGAAGGACUUUAAUGGCAAAUUGUCUCAAAACAACACUCGUCAACAACUUCACUUUGGAAGAUGGAGCUAAAUAUGACUUUUCACAGUUUACACAUGGAUAAACAUUCUGCACUUUUACCUGUCACUGCACAGACGAAAGCAGCCUGACCUACCUCUCAAAUACAAAGCUCUCUCAAAUUGCGCAAUGUGCAUAUCAGUGAAUAUCGACAAGCUUUUGGGGUUUUUCCUUUAAAGCACACAUUCAAUCCCCCACAUGUACUCUGUGAAUGCACACUGUAUCAAUCAAUAAGUCUUUAUUUGUAUAACACUUUUCAUACAAAGAUGAUGUAGCUCAAAGUGCUUUACAUAGCAGAGGAAAAAAAAGAAACAAAGAAUACCCUGAUCUACCCAAACCCAAACCCUCAUUCCCACCCUGCGAUCUAAGAACAACAGAAACAUGUAUUAAAAUGCAUGAACUCGAAAAGGGCUUGAUUUCAUUGAAACAGGAAAGUGCGCCCUGAAGAAACACAGUUUUAAGAGAAGGAAACACUGGAGGUUAGGUUAUAAUCUAAAAACAGACUAACACAAAAUGAAAUUUAAGAAAAAACAAAUAAAAUGAAAUAAGAACAACAUUAAAAGAUAUUAAAAUAAGAGCAUCAAAAUAGCUCAAUAAAAGAUGAUCCUGUCAUUAAAACUAGAAGAGAUAAAUGGUAAAACACUUAAACAAGGUUAAUGAUGUAAAAUUUGGUUAAAAGGGAGACUAAAAAGGUUUGUUUUGAGUUCGCUUUUAAAGUCAUUAAGAUUAGGUGCAGUAUACGUACACCAUUUAUUCAGUACACAAAAAAAGGGAAUAAGUCGGCAUAUUACUCGUCUGUGUCUUUAUUCAAUGAAAUUUCACUUGUUAUUGAAACCUUUUUAACUAAAGGCUAAAGUUGAAGGGCACAACAUCAUUUUCUUCUCCUCUGUCCGAGGAGCAGGAGUGAAUUCUUUCGUCUCCCUAAAAAUAGAGAACAAACAUAACUCAUAUGAAAGCCCUCAUUCCCAGACUAGACUCCAGAGUUUUUUAGAGCGGCAGGGCACACUGAAACCUGUUUUUUUUUUUUUUUUCAGUGCUAUGUUUAGAAUUUUUUCAUGAAUCACUCUGAUAAAGGCAUCAUUCUGGCAAAGAUAAGAAAUACCACAUUGAUGAGAGGGUAUUUGUAAAUGACGAGUAGUUGAAAAAAAUAAGUUCGAAUGAUAGGACUGAAUCAUUAAUUGACUAAAAAUGUCUACCUGCCCUGACAAAAAACAUCCAAAUAUUAAAAAAAAAAUAUUUAUUGUUAAAGAUGCACUUUUUAAAAGCACUCCACAUGCAAAAGUAAAAUUUUAUGCACAGUGGGGUCUCCAAAUGCAGGAUUUGUCUCAGUCAUUACUCCAUUUUUGCAGUACUUAGCUUUCAUUCACAAAUCUGGUCGAUCCCCAGCCUGCUGUGUAAUGACACAGAUCCACAUUCAGGUGUAGAUUCAGGACUCAGUGUCAAAAACACUUAUUCAGGGUGUUUUGAGCUUCUCACUGUGUUCGAUUAAGUUUUACAAAUAGGACUCUUAAUACACUCACAUGGUGAACCUAUGUUUCAGUGCAGAAUUAAAAUAGAUGGUCUGAUUCUCUGAUAUUCUAAAAAAAAUAAACAGAUAGGUACCCAUUGUGCCAGAAUUAUGCAAGAUUAAGAUAACGAUUGCUGUCUUUGUAAAUUUUCAAAAGUGAGUUUUAGGAAAUUAGCAGCAGCAAUGUUUGGCUGAAGGGGAAACACUGAGUGUUUUCAAUUCUCGAGGCUGUGGCUCACAGUGCUUCACAGUGGGCUCACUUGCAUUUUAAUGAUCUCCCAUUCAGCACAUCACACAUCCAGUGAGCAUUGUGGCUGCAUGACUCUGCUCUCUGUGCUGUGACAGGCCAGGGGAGAUGGCUCUGUUUGGCAUGUAGCCCAGCGGCCCCACGCUUUUUUUUUUUUUUUUUUUUUUUUUACACCACAUGCCGUCUCUCUCUCUUUUAGUCUGAUCCAAAACUGAGCAAAUAUUUGUUCAAGUGACCACUCGGUGAGGGUUACGAAAACAGCUGCAGUUUCUCCGUAAGACAAGCCAGCAGUCAUGUGAUCACAUUCAUGCAGGACUUGAUCAUAUUUAAUGGAUUUAAUGAUUUAUCACCUUUAAGUAACAUUUUAGAUAAAAAAACAGGCCACAAUUUUCUUAAUGGUUGAAAGUGUUUGAUUACUUUGACAGCUGUGGCAAUACGUCACUUUUCAGAUGCGUUUUUUUUUCCCAAAGGUGACCAAGAAUUCUUUCUUAAUAAUGUGAGGGUUUAAACAAGACAAAAAAAGUGGAAUUACACGUGUAAAUUAUGGUGCACAGAUUCUGUAAUCGUGAUAGUUUUCUUGUCAGAAGCAUAAAAAACAAUAGAUGCAAUACAUAUUUGGUGCGUUCGAAAAGAAUAACUUUUAUUUAUGUAUAUAUAUAUGUAUAUGUAUGUAUAUAUAUAUAUAUAUAUAAAGAAUCGAAUUCUUUAAAAACAAAGAAAUUGUAAUGCACAAAAAGUCAGUCAGUACGCUUACAUGACACUUGAGAAAACUGAAUUAUUGCCUUACUUCGAUUAAGAUGACAACUAAAGUGCAUGUAAACACCUUAGUCCAACUAUAAUCGGAGUUUAAGAACUCCGAUUGGAGUCUGAGAACUCCGAUUAAGACACCCAGAUAAUGCGAUUGAAAUUCGAUUUUCUCUACCAUGUAACCAGCGUAGUCGAGGUAUGGUUGGACAAUGCAUUUUGCGAAUUUCCCAGUUUGGGAUCAAUAAAGUAUAUCUAUCUAUCUAUUUAUCUAUCUAUCUAUCAUUUGCACGUGCUGCACACCCCCGUAACCCCUAAACAAAAACACCAGAGAAGAAGUGGCAGAGAGGAAGAAGUAGCACAUACAUCAUGUACGACAAAAACAACGCUGUACGAUGCUCCGUGUUCUUGCUUGAAAAUGCCCAGCAGCAGUGGUAGCCACUUCUGCCUUCUGGCACAGACCUGCUGUUGUUGUUGACAGUUGUAUGGGGUCGAAAACAGCGCCACUGAAAAGUCCCAUAUCGCCUCCUAGUUUUGGGGAGGAGGACAUGUUCACGACAAUAAUUCGAUUUUCUCAGCUGCAUUUAUACACGGACAAGGAGAGAAGUCCAAUUUGGCGAAAAAAAAAGAAUAAUCGAUUAGUCUGAUUAAGCUGUGCAUGUAAACGCAGUGAGUGUUAUCCAAAAGAGUACAGGUGUUUUACUUUUACAAUGAAAUUUGAAAUUCUUUCAUUGUGACAGGUCUCACAGUUUUUGUUGUGUCUGUUGAUAAAAGGUACAAACUUUAUUUUUUUACUUUAAACACGUUACAGAAAUGAGAAUGCAAUUUUCAGCCAGAGUUUGAGUUGUUGCAUUUAAAAACUAUGAUUUCACCUGAAAUGUGUUUUCUCUUGCUCUGCCCCCUCCCUCUGUCCUUGUAUGUGUUCUCUCUCUUUAGGAUUAUCCAUGAAGAUGGAUACUCAGAAGAUGAGUGUAAGCAGUACAGAGCAGUCGUCUAUAGCAACACCAUCCAGUCCAUCAUGGCCAUCAUUAAAGCCAUGGCUAACCUGAAGAUCGACUAUGAGGACUCCACCAGAGCAGUAUGUAUCUCAUUAAAAUAAAAAUAAAAAACAUCAAAGUUAAAAUCAUCACCGUCUGCUGCAGGAAUGGGAAAAUGAAAGGAUGUCUGAAAUUUAACAGAAAUGACAGCCUUGGUUUUAGGAAAGAACACUCAAGUGUCUGAUUAUUUCUCUGCUUUCUGACACUUGUUGGUAGUAAUAGGAAGCAGGUUAAGGUGACAACAAAACUAUAUGUAAACCUUAAGUCAUGUGUAUUCUUGCUGCACUCAGGUCAGUGAUUUCAUCUCCUCUCAUCAACACUAAAGCUCUGCCUCCAUCCUCACCACCAUAUCUAGCCUGGAGGGUUUGAGUCUGCAGAAACUGCAGCUCAAGAAUUUCUCUGGAGAGCAGUGUGGCAGUUUCUACUUUAAAAUCAACUCUGGGUAGCAGAUGCUUAAGAUGGACUCCUGCAGUGCUGUGUAUUUUCUCUUUUGGCUUUCGUACGUGUGCGUUUGAGUAUUUGUGUACGCUGCAAAACGUUACAGUAAAGGACUGCUUUUCAACAAAUGGAGACUGCCCGGGGAGACGAUAAGAUCACAGAGAGAAAAUUCAGGCAUUACUCAUGAAAGGAGAAAAUUAAAUCCCCUUCUUUUCCUGUGAAGCAUCACCCGAAUGUGAUUCAUAAAUUCUGUUUUCACAGAUCAUUUGAAGAAAAAAAACAAACUCAGUAUCUUUGGUUAUAGAGGAUGAAUCAAUCUGUCAGCUCAUGCAUCAAAGGGAAUAUGAAAGGCUGCUGUCUGAACUGAGAGGACACAGAGUAAUAGAGGCAUCUGUGCGCCUUUUAUACAGUCCGAUAAUUCAAUUUCACACUGUAUAUUUCUUCAGCUCACACAGCAGCUCUGUGUCAUGUGUAGUGGACAAGGCUACUACGCUUGAUGGAGUCACCAAAAUGUGUGUUCAACAAUGCAAGCAAUCAUAUUUUUGCACCCAGGAUAGGUCAAGUCUUACUCUGCAGUUUCUGUUCAGCUUCCUCCUCACUUCAGAGUUGUUGGGUAAACACGUUUUAUGUGAAAAGAUCAUUCUGAAGAUCCUGGUAUCUGUUGAGUUUUCUCUGCCAAGGUAGCUCCCUCGGCAUGAGAGCAAUUCAUGACCUUUUUUUAAAAGACACAUUUUUCUGCACAGCCUUCAGGAAGCUUUGACUAUCCGGAUAAACAUUACAGGUGUCAUUUAAAAAGGUAAUUUUGAAGGAGGAGGCACAGUCAGCAUCCAGCAAUUUUCUUACAGCAGCGUGUGGCUAAACUGGUUCGUCUGUUUGUGUGUACACAAAGACCAGGGUGCUUUCAUUGUCUGCCAGCCAAAAAAGGAGUUGCUGCAAAAUAAUACUAACUCCUGGUUCUGUGACUGCUUAGAUAUUUUCUCUUAAAAUGCCGGCUUUCACAUCAGAAUUUGAUCAUUCACCUAAAACAUUUUGAUUUUAAACAGGGCCAAACUGAGGUGAUCUAGUUUUCUCGAAACUUUUUGGCUGAACAUGAAACAAAAUUAGAUUUGAAACAUGUAGGUUCCAGUUUUUGUCUCUUGCAUUAUGCUUUGAAUUCUCACUAGGCCUCUUGUUGUUGAAGAGACGAGUUCAAAAACAGAAUUUUAACUAAUGCCUUGGUUGAAUGUGUUCAGUCGCUCUGUUGUGCAUGUAAAACAGGAUUUGAAUAACUACCUGCUGGUACACAGUAGGUGGCUGCUGGUCUUGAAGGUCAGCUAAUGGUUAACUAAUGCAUGAAAGUCUGCUCUCAAUAGUUAACAUCAAAAGUUUAUGCUAGACCUUGUUUAGUGUCAAACAUGAAGGUGAUGUUUGCAGAGGACGAUGCCCUUUAUACAAACUCCAACCUACAUUAGUCAGCUGUUAGCUUUGGGACUGGCUAUCCAAGCUCUCAUUUCGAUGGCUGUGCUGCAGCUUAAAUAGUUAAAAUACUUGAAAAUGAGAUGUUGUAGUUGGCUGUUUACAUAACAGUCUGGAUAAAAAUAACAGAUUAGACUUCAUGUUUUGAGAAACUCUUCCAUCACCAGAAUUUUUGGAGUUAAGAUGUGUCAAAGUGUGUAAAUAUAAUGCUGCGUUCCAGUUACCUCGGAAGUCGGAUGUCGGAGUUUGGAAUGGAGUUGACAGCGUUCCAGUUAACAAGUCGGAAAACCAAGAUGGUCGCCUACAGUUACCACUUGUUAGCUGUUGUUUACAGCUGUUGUUAGUUGUUGUUAGCAAUACCAGUUCUAAACAACGCACAACAGUUACAAACACCAUAGCACCGUGUUCACAGUUAGACGUUGGGCAGUUCAACAUAAACCACGCAUUUAAUUUCACAAAAACAAAACAGAAGUGCUAAUAAAUAAAACAUUACGAGAGAUUUCACUGUUACUCUUCAUUGCUGAUGCACUGCGCUGCCAUCUUGGAUUAUGACGUCGUCAAGUCGGGGUUGGUGAGGAUUUGGAGCUCGAAAAUUCCAACUUCUAAGUACAACUGGAACGCAGCAUUAGUGUGCAGAAUCAAGCAGAAUUUUACAGAACAGACUGACGUUAUUGGGUUUUUCCCUUCAUAUCUACAUAGGAGAAAGUCCCCCUCGAAGAAGGCCAUAACUGUGUCUACAAUAGCAGUGAAUAGUAACAUUAUGUAAAUCCUCUAAUAACAACUGGUAAUCAAUCUGCUGCUGGGCCCCGUAUUAUGAUUGGCAUCAUGGCCUUUAGCAGUAAAUAAAGGUCAGCGCUCAAUUAUCGGCCACUUUCAUGUUUCUGUUUGUUUAUGAUAAUCAGUCGCCAGCUAUUCAGUCCAGUUACAAUAACAUCAGGACUUGGAGUGAACUACUUCAGAUCACAGACCGUCUUUGUUCUGUUUGCUCCAUCUUUCUGUUUGAGAUAACUAACUGUCAGCACCUGAACUCUCUGCUGCUCAGAGCUGCGCACCAUGAGCUCUCAUCCUGACAGGACCAAAUUCUAUCCACAUUAAGUAUCUGUUUAGCUGAAUGGAGACAUCCUUACCAUUUUAUUCAAGAGUCGAUUUAUGACAGAUGUGAUAAAUUUUACUGUCUCUAUCUGUCUUACUUCCUCAAGUGUGCUAGCAAAAAAGGAGCUUGUUUGAGAAUAAAUCAAUAGAUACUGUGUUAUGCAUAAAGGCACAGGCUGUUUCUGUAUGUUGAGCUGCAUUAAUAUCAAAUCAUGUGCCCUGAAAAGAGACAUGUUUUUCUUUCUAUUAUUAAACAAACAUUUUCUCAUGCAACUUCUGCAACUUUGAAAUGCUGCAGAUUAAGAUUCCUGAUUUAGUGGAAAAACAUCCAAGCCAUGUGAACUAAAUGCAGUCCUGCUGGGUCAAAACGAUGUUUGUGGUGUGAGGAAAAACAAUAAGAGUUAAUGAAUGUAAGGUAAUUGUUCCAUCUUACAGCACGUAUGAUUGUGUCUCUUUUCUCUUCAGGACGAUGCCCGCCAACUGUUUGCCUUGUCUGCAGCAGCAGAGGAGCAAGGCAUCCUGCCAGACGAUCUGUCCAACGUCAUCCAGCGACUGUGGGGUGAUGGUGGAGUCCAGAGCUGCUUCACACGGGCCCGAGAGUACCAGCUCAAUGACUCUGCUGCUUAGUGAGUGCCUUAGGAACAAAAAAUAACACUCAGAUUAUUACAGUACAGAAAGCUUCAUGAACAGACUUUCACUGAGUAAACAACGUUGGAAAAAAGGAGCUAGGAUACGACAGAAUUAGAAUCAAAUUAGUGGUGCAGUACAAAUAAUAUUGCACAGUAAAUAUUGUGUCUCUGCCUUUUAUGCUAACACCAUACUCUCCAGUUAAAAUAAUGAGCAGCCACGCAGCAAAGAUGUACCUGUUAUGUUUAACCAGUUUCUUUCCCUUUCAAGACCAGUCGCUUUGCUAAUCAGCAACAACACAGCGACCUCAGCCUCUUUGUGGAGGUCUUCAUUACCUCUGUUACCCUCACGUCUGAGCGCUCCCUUUGUCGGCCUCAUAGUCAUAAUGUUACAAUGUAAUAACAAGGAGAGCAUGAGGUAAUUGUGCGAGGUGAGAGGUGGUUAUCACUUCAGUUCUUGAGGGGGUGUAUACUGCCAAAAUAUGCACUCAUAGAAAAAAGAGCCCCGCACAUUCAGCUGCCUCACGCUGCAGCUGGAAUCAAACUUACUGAUUUCAGUUUUAUACACGCGUCCUGUGCUAAUGCUCUAACACCUGCAGAAUGGGCUGUGAACUGUCAGGGGGAGGAUUCAGGGUUUCGCCAAUGAUUGCUUUGCAGUGAAGGUACUAUUUAACUACUAAAGGGAGUCACAGUUUUCCUCUGUUUGUGUUGGCCUCUGGGUUCAUUAUUCUCCACCUCCACCUCUGCCUCAGACCUCCUGUUAAAAACCAAAGGGGCCUAGAAUUAUGGUGCCAGUGCUGAAAAUAACUAUAGUGUGACCAUGUUUUAUUAUUGCUGUUGUGGAGUGUUGAGAUGGUCAGUUGCUAUGAGAGCACUAAAUGAGUCUGGCAGUGGACCAUAAUCCAUGUCUGAGCACCUGCUGAGAGCCAGAAAGAGAGGAAGGAAAGAUAGGAACUGAAAGAGAGAGAAAAAGAGAGAGAAAAAGAGAGAUGGGCGGCCUGGCACACAUUAACAUAGACCUUCCUCUUCUCUCGCUCAGGUUUGAUAGAAAAGGACAUGUUCGUUACACUCUGAAUAUAAUGGAUCAGGCUUCCAUUAUUGCGCUGUAAUUGUUCUGUGUGCAAGAGUAUUUGCUGGCUUAUUACAGGUCCAAACUCAACGCCAGAUGUUCAUCAACACUUAUGAGAACAAUCAACAAUAUGAAAAGGCCUAAAAUCUCAAAUCAAAGCUUGUAAAAUAAUUAUUUUGCCGCUGAUGAUCCUUUGUUGCACUACAGUGAAGCACUUUUUCAUAAUAGAAUGUAAGCCCCACAAAUUCAAUUAAUCUUCAAGGCUUAUAAAACCUACCGGCCAAACCAGCGGUGUCACACUAUCUGAUGUGCAGACUACAAAAGCAGGCUCAAACCUCACUGGGGAGCAGGAUUAUGAUUAAACUGUCAGACACGUGGCUACCAGCAGUGAUGCAGAGGCUUGAAUAUCUACACUCAGGCUGUGGUUUGUCUGGGAUUACUAACACUUUGUUAUAAAAUGCAGCCUCUUUUAUGCUGCUGAAUAUUGUGAUGAAAGAUCAGCUGGCUUUAAGCCAGGAACGUUGUGUGUGUGUGUGUGUGUGUGUGUGUGUGUGUUCAGGAAUUUCAAGCUGUUAUGAAUGUGUUGAAAAGUGAGAGUGUUUUAUUUGCACAUACAAGGAUACACUCCUUUAUGACGGAGUAUUAGGGUUACAUAGAGAAAAAUAAAUUGAGACUUCAAAAUUAAUGUCCUUAAUGUACGAGAAUAAAGUCAUUACUGACGAGAAUAAAGUCGUAAUAAAAAUCAUUAUGAUACUUAUGAUAAUGUGGUGCUGAUGUGCCGAAAGAGUUAUUAUUUCCUUGUUUGAGAAACUUAUAUUGAAGUACAUUUUCACGAAAUGCUCCAUGGCUCUCAUUUCAGCAACUGUCAUCCUAAACAACAGGUUAGAAUAUAAGGACUUUAUUCUCGUAAGUGAUGAUUUUAUUACGACUUUAUUCUCGUAAUUACUUUAUAACGACUUUAUUCUUGAUAGUAAUGACUUUAUAUUCAUUAGUAAUGACUUUAUUCUUGUAAGUUUACAACUUUAAUAUUGAAGUCUUAAUUUUUUUUCUUAAUGUGGCCCCAAUACUCUGUUGUAGAUAAUACAAAAUGUGGACACAAAAAGGGACAAUCUCUCAAAAUAGGCUAUUCUAUCAGCAGAUUUAAAGAAAAAGGCCCAUGUCUUUUAAGAUUUGUUCUUAAAGAUUGGAAAAGACUGUCAUCUUUUACGUCACUGAUGUCUUAAACUGGGCCAAUAAAUGAGUUUUGGUACCAGUAUUUGAUCUGUCAGUACUGGGAGAACCAUUAAGCUGAUGGACAAACAGUGCUACUGUUGGUAUUUACCACUAAUAAUCCGCCUUCAUAAAGCACUUUUAAUACCUGCUGGUUGUCACCCUAACAGCCACCUUAUCAUCACUCAAUUAAAAGAUUUAAAAAGUUUUCAAAAUUUUCCAGACAUGUCAUGCAGACAGUUAACAGCUUACUAAAGGAAAUAAAUCCUAACCUCUAGUUUAUACUCUAUGGAUCCAGCUCAAAUGAAAUAUAAAGUAAUGAAAGAACAACUUAACAUUUUUGGUCCUUCCUAAUUGUAGUACGCUGUCACGUGGAACACAUCAUAUGGUACGCCCUAGAAAGUCUUUGUCUAAUUCAGAAGUAAACAAAAAAGAAAGUACAGUCACGAGAUGUAGUUUUCUAAUAUGUUUUAGAAGAGCAGACUCUGUAUCAACUGAUUUGAACAUUCUGUGUCUUGGAUUCAAGGCCAGCCCGAGGUCCAUCUUCGUCCACGCAGAGAACCAGCUGAGCUCUUUCACUUCACACUUGCACAGCACUCGAAGACCAGAGCUUUUACUUUGGUCAUGUGACGUUUUAUGUCUCUGCUUCUCAUCAGCUACCUGAAUGACCUAGGGAGGAUAGCCAAGCCAGAUUACAUCCCCACACAGCAAGAUGUGCUGCGGACCCGAGUGAAGACCACCGGCAUUGUGGAAACUCACUUCACCUUCAAAGAUCUGCACUUCAAGUGAGACCCCCAUCCCACCUCCAUGUUUUUUUUCACAAUCACACGAUACAUUAUUGUAUUGUCCACCUCACUGUUUCUUUCUACCUGUAAGAGCCCCUCUGGAGUGUCUCUUUAGCCGCUUAAAUGAUGUGUUUAAUAGCAGGGAUGGACCACCUUCACUACAAUAACAACCACCUCUGCUAGUAAACUUCCAAAAACAUUUUAAAAAUAAAAACACUGAUGUUUUCUUUUGUUUUGUUCCUGACCCCUUUGUGGCAUCAAAGCAAAAAAAAAGGUAGGUGUUGUCUCUGGAAAAAAAGGCCGUCAUUGGAGGAUUUUGUUAUCUGAAGAAAGGUUUUGUUUGCUCAUGAGUCACAUGUUAAUGUUCAGUCCCAAAGGUGUCAUGUGAGUUUGACAGCGCUGAGUUUCCCCUUUUUUAAAAGGUUGGUAGAGUUCACAGAAUAAAAAAACAUUUGUUUUUUAGCUUUGUGGGCUCCUUCUACAGAAGUUAAAGAGUUAAAGUGUCAAUUCAGGAACAGAUUUAGAGAAAAGAAAGAUGCUGUUCAAAUGGAAACUUAUUUUCACUAAGAGGGGAUUCACUAAGACAACAAAAAAAAUCUUGUUAUCCCACACAAACAGUUUGCAUGUUUGUUUAUUUGAUCUUUUUUUAGCUUAAAUGGCUCUCAGUCAUUCUCAGAGUGAAACAAUGUGGUAAAAGAAAUCAAACUUAUUAUUACCCUUUAGUUAGUCACUGUUUUCAGCCUUGCUUCCCAGAAAUUGUCUUAUUUUUUUCCCUUUGUUCAAACUUAAACAAUUUCCCUCUGUAAGAUAUGAGUUUGUGUGUGGGUUCGGGAAUAACUCCAAACACAUAAUUCUUAAUAUGGGACUGAGUCAUUUGUCACUUCUUGUAUUUUCUCAAACUACAAAAAGAUUUCUUUGUAAAUUUAAGAGAUAAAAAACAGACUUCAGCACUGCUUUGUCACAGUCGUGAGAAUGAAAAAGUGCCUGCUUUGUGUCCUUGUGUUACAUUCAGGUUUCAUAUCUGAAGUCUUGAUUUGUUUUAUUCCUUUUGUAGAGACAUAAACCAAAUCCAGCGAGCGCAUGUUUACCUCGAGCAGCCCCUCUGUGCUGCUCUACAGUGAUUUAUGUAGCCCCCGAAAGCAGUGCUGGGGAAUAAAGUAAACAUUGUGAAAGCGUGUCACUGUUAUACCGAGCUCUGCUUACUCAGCCCAAAGCUAGAUGUAUCCACAGACAUAAAGAUCUGCUUUAAUUAACCAAAAUCUACAAAGUUCAAAGUGUUUAGACGGAUGAAAAGAGUUUUUUUUUCUUUUUUUUUUAAGUGUCACAGUUGCCACGUUAACAUGGGCAAAGUUGAAAAAUUUGAGGGAUCGGAUAAUCUGAAUCCACUGUUUAUAUGGGUGCAAAAUCAAAUAAUCCAAUCAUGAUGUGCAUAUACAUGCACCAAGCUUUAUUCAGAUUCAAUGCAUUUGGACAUGCACAGAGUUGUCUAAUUUUGCUAAAACAACUGCAGAAGAAGAGUUGUAUUUACGCCUUUGCUGUCAACAAACCAACAAACGGGUUAGUGACUCACUCAAUCCGAUUCAGGCUGUUCCCCCCUGUUAAAUGGUGUCACUAGAUGGUGCCCUUGCUUACUUGUUUUACUGUUCUGUCAAAAGUUGCACUGUGCGUGCAGGUGUGACAUUAUUACGCUAUAUGUACGCCUUGUUAUGUUAUCGGAAGAGCAGGCAUGGUUAGGGUUAGGUAUUCGGAAUAACGAUUGGCAUAAACCACCCCUCUCGAUCGGAAUACAUUUUCUGUCCGAUUGAACUGAAUCUUACGGAUGGGAAACUUACGAUCGACAUGUUUACAUGACACAUUUUUAUUCCGAUUGGGCAUUUAUUCAGGUUAUUUGUGCCCAUAUAAACAUGGCUACUGAGAUGUUACAAAGAGUAGACUCUACCUCUAGCUGCAGUUCAGACCAGCUGACAUCUUAAACAUCUACCUACAAUACGUCUGUAUGAAGAAGUCAUGUAGUAAACCAGCAGCUUUCAGUCAUGUGUCACAGGGCAGGCUGAAGUUUACUGAUAACUCCUCAUGCUCGCACUCUCACACAAGAAGAUUAAACUGUAAAUAAAAAUAGAGUUGAGAUUAUGAUAAUCCUUCUCUAAACAAAGACACGCUGUUGUCUUUUAAAAGAGAGCAAAGGAACAGUACAGCAGUGAACACUUUCAUUCACAUAGUCAUAACAGACCGAGCAGGAUUGUUACUCAAGUAAACAAAACCUCACCCUAUUUUAAGGCCACAGUGUUACCACAGCAACUACAGCGCACUAAAAUGCCAACAAAUGCCAGGAAAAUGACAAGGCCUGUGCUGCAAAACACCCUGCCCUGAGGAGAGGAUGUGUCAGGCGUGUUUUCAGAGUAAAGAGGAGACAUGUUUCUAGAGGGAGACCUUGAAUUUUGCUUUGCUUGUCUAUCAGUGCGACAAAAUGUUGUUUCUGCGGCGCUCACUCCUACUGCUCUCUCAUAAAAGUGACACCUUUGCAUUGUGUGUGUGUGUGUCCCUGUAGGAUGUUUGAUGUCGGAGGCCAGCGUUCAGAGAGGAAGAAGUGGAUCCACUGCUUCGAGGGAGUCACAGCCAUCAUCUUCUGUGUGGCCAUGAGCGCUUAUGACCUGGUGCUGGCCGAGGAUGAGGAGAUGGUGUGUUGAAGCUUACCUUCCCCGGCAUGAUUUUAAAUGAGGCGGGAGGUUAAACUCAUUUCCUUUAUGUGCCCUAGUUAUGCUCUGUAAUAAUCUCUUUAUCUCCGUGUGUUUAUGCCCUUUUCCUGCUCAGAAUCGGAUGCACGAGAGCAUGAAGCUGUUCGACUCCAUCUGCAACAACAAGUGGUUCACAGAGACGUCCAUCAUCCUCUUCCUCAACAAAAAGGACUUGUUUGAGGAGAAGAUCGCCCACAGCUCUCUGACCAUCUGCUUCCCUGAGUACACUGGUACAGUCCCAACAUCUCAGAGCAAAUAUCUGGAAAUGGCAACACUUUCACAGAGCUAUAGUUUAGGAUGUCUUUGUCAUUUUUGCACCUCUUGAUUUGAGGACUGAAAGAUUUAUUUGUAAGUUUAGGUUUAUUUGAGGUUAUAUUUCUUCGUAAAGCAGUUCAGAUACAUCUUUUUUCUAGUGUUUGUGUAUAUUGCUGUGAUACAAGAACCUACUGCUACUACAGCACUCAGUACACCUUCCCAACCCUCUUCUUUUCAACUUUGUUAAACCCAAACAGCAACCUCUGGUGUCUUAAAGUGAGAUCAGUGUCUUCAGUGCAAACAGUUUCAGUUCUUAGUGCACAUUCAAGGCUUUCUCUAAAAGUCAGUAUUGUCAAGGUGACCGUUUUUACAGCAAGAGUUCACGUUUACAACCUGGUGCAAACAUCGGCUCAGGUCUUAAUAUGACUUUGUUUGGUUGGGUUUUCGAUUUGACUUGUGUCUGUAAUAGUGAGGCCAAUUGUCCAUAUUAAAAACUGAAUUUGGUUUAGCAUUGCCAGGAAGGUUCUCCACUCAGAAUGAAUCUGUCUGAUGCAAAUGUAUCAAAUAUAGAGAAAGUGCAAAAAAUGACUUCACAUGUGAGGAAAUAUGAAGAUGAGUCAAUAUUGAUUGCUAUGUAGUUAUUACGUCUGUCCUUUUCAGCACAGUCAUCCUCACUUCCCUUCAUACUCAGGUCCCGACACAUAUCAGGAGGCUCAGGCUUACAUCCGGACCAAAUUUGAAGAUCUGAACAAGAAGAAAGAGACCAAGGAGAUCUACCCCCACUUCACCUGUGCCACCGACACCAAGAACGUGCAGUUUGUGUUCGACGCCGUCACUGAUGUAAUCAUCAAAAAUAACCUGAAGGAUUGCGGCCUCUUCUAGAGAAAUGCAUUUGAAAGAGAGUCAAGGUGAGUUUCGACUCAGGAAGUGAUUCAACUCUCUGACGUGUCACAAAGAGAGUUGGUUUAAAGUCUGUGUCUGUGCUCUUUUAGAUUACUUGAACCGUUCUGGUGACCACAAAGAGAGGAGGAUUUUCACACAUCAUGAAUGACUGCACUGGCCCACCACCGUAUCUGCUUUGAUCUGCUUUUUAUAAAGACACCUAAGAGACUAAAAACCCGACGAGCCUUGUGGAAUUUCAACGAUUGCUGAUCCAGUCACUCGUAUUGAUAACUCUUUGGGCUAUGACCACAAAAUCAACAUUUAUUAUUGUGUUUUUGUUCUUUUUUUUCUCUUUUCUUUCAAUAACUAGUGGAGACAAAGGAAAACUUUUUUUUAUAAAUGCAUUCAUUUUACUUAUAGAAAUUCUGAUGUGCAAAUAAUUAAACUUUUAAUCACAUGAAGCUUGUUUUUUUAAGAGCUGGAGCACAGGCAUGAACUCAAAAAAAAAGAUGGUUAAAAAGGAAAGUGCUUUUUUAAAUAAUGUUUACAUAAGUUCAUCAUUCAUAGCCAAACCGUAUAUUGUUCUGCAUGUCUCAAUAUGGCAACUGUUAGCUUUGUAAUCCACACAAGUGAUCUAACAUUCCUUCAAAACAAAAAUAAAAAAUAAUAAAUAUUAAAAAGAGAGAAAAAAAAAUGCUUCACUUGCAGAGGGGAAAUUGAGGCAAAUUCUAACUGAUAUUUAAAGUAUGUGUUACCUAACAUCCUGUCACUUUUUGUAGUACCAUUUCCAUGUCUGUUGCAGUAUGUUGUGCCUUGACUUUUGUUUACAACCAAUUCCUAGAUAUGCUUUUUUUUCAGUACAUGUUUGACCUACUGUCCGCCUAUAUAUUUCUUCCUUUUUUUUCUGCCUAGCACCUAUGAAUAUAUAGAUAUGAUUAAUGAGAGACGAAAAUCUAAUUCAGAAAAAGGUUAGUGUUUUUGGUAAAUAAUAAAAUGCUUUAAAAGUCCUUUAUGAUUUAAUUUAAAUAAAAGUAGAGAUCACCUGA